AUGGAGGUUUCAAAAUUUUUGGCUGCAAUCCUACAGUAAGGCUGUUUAAAAACUACUGAAGUAAAGGGAUUUAAGAAGCUUAACUGUGCACAGGAUUGCAGCCAUGGAACACAAGUCAUACGCUGUGGGUUUCUCCUGUUUAAACUUCAUUGAUUUCAUCCAGUUAUUACUCAACAAAAUGGAAAUAUGGCAAAGCGAUUAAGUUUCAUUGCUAUCUCCCUUAACCGUUACCAUGGUGGCUGGUGUGCAUAGAACCUCUGGUCACCAACUCUUCUGAACUGCUGCUUUUUUGCCCCUUGUAAUCCAACAACAUGUGGAGGUUCCUCAACCCUGCUUUACACAUCAGUAAUCCAACUCCCUGUAGUCCAGCUAGGGCUAGCAGGAGUUGGAGUCCAAUAACAUCAAGAAAGCAACAGGCUGCCCAUUCCUGGUGUGGAGACAACUUGACUUAAUUAAUCGAAGCAAGCCAGCAAAACCACCCUGCUUACUAGACAUGUGGAACGUUAGUCCUAUAGUCAGUUGCCUGUUAAAUUAUUCAAAAUUAUAUAUAAGAGAAUACAGUUUGUUCUGAGCUGCUGCUUUGUAUUGGCAGAAAGGCAGGGCUGGUAUCAGGAGGGGCUGCCCGUAUUGUUGGGUACCUAGCAAGAUCCACACUGCAUCAAGGCCCCCAGUGCUGAACCCUAGAACCCCCUGGUCAUAUUCCUCCAACUUGCUCCUGCUGCUUGGUCCACAUGCCCCUCUCCAAGUAGUGACUAGAGCAAGAAGGAGAAGCAGCCUCCACCUAGGACUCACAAGGAGAGGGUAGGCAAAUGGGUAGAGACGGCAAUGGCAAUUCCCAAUGAGGGAAUCUAGCCCAAGGGUCCCUCAAAAUCUGAAGUCAACAUUGGCAGAGGGAAAUUGCAGCAUUUGAAGUGACCAGAUGCAUCAUAACUGCUCAUCUGGCUGCCAAACAUGGAAAUAACUGACUCUCUUGUUUUCUUCCCCAUCUGUAGAGUGAAGUCCUGGGCUGAUGCCUUUGGUGGGGACUUAUAUUACAUAGUCACAAAGUAUUCUGGCUCUCUUUUAUUACAAAAGGUAAGUGGUAUAUCAGCCACAUAUACUUUUCACUGAUGUGCAAAUAUCCUUCAUUAGAAUCUUUUGUGCAAAUAUGAUCUCUCCCCCCCCCUCUCUCUCUCUCAAAACAUAUUUCAGAAAAAGCAAGUAUUAGGAUACUUAUUUAGUCUUCAUAAGCUUUGAUUCUUUUCAAAAUUUUGUACCUUCUAAACUUGAGAGGUUCACAACAUAUCGCCAGCACCAAAGAGAAUGUUUGUUCUGAUAUUUAUUUUAAACAUGCAUACCUUAUGUUAUGUAUUGAAGUUCUCACCCUGGCCACCAGGAGUAUUUUGUAUAUAGUUUUCACUCAGGUCCACGUAAAUUAAUUUAGGCGGGAAACCCAGGGUUGUUGUUGUUACAGUGUUGACAGCCGGCUGCCUGUAAAAGCAGGCCGGCUGAGCUGUUCAGUUCAGUUCAGUUCCAGCUUACUAUAAAGAACCACUUGGAGAAAUCUGUGUGUCGUCUCCUAUGUCCACUCACAACUUAAUACCUUACAUUUCUAUGGGAUAUUCAAGAUGGUGUACUGCAGCAUCUUAUAAUACAGUAAUCUCAAAGUUUCAAAAGCUUGUGAAUAUAAAAAUGCUUUUUCUCCCUCCAUCAUAACAUCACAACAUGUGGACAUCUAAUGAAGUUGAAUGCUGGAAGAUUCAGGAAAGAUAAAUGAAGAAACUUCUUCAUGCAGUGCAUAGUUAAGCCAUAGGAGGCAGUUAUGGCCACCAAUCUAGAUGUCUUCUAAAAAGAAUUAGACAAAUUCAUGGACGAGAGGGCUAUCAAUGGCUGUUAGCCAUGAUGGCUAUGCUCUGCCUCCACAGUUGGAGACGACAAUGUUUCUGAAUACCAGUUGCUGGCAGGGGUGUAGGAAGGGAGGUGCGGGGGAUGUGGUCCGCCCCGGGUGUCAUCCCUGAGGGGGUGACAAAAUGGCACACUUACCUGAGCCAUGCGUCUCUCCUGGGAGUGAUGAGGUGGCUCGGGGCCCCGUGCUGCCCAAAAUGGCAGCGUGGGGCUUGCAUCUGCCAGGCGGACUCUGUGGGCAGCUCGCUGCGGCGCCUCCCUGGGUGGAUUGCCCUCCGUGUGCUGGAGCAGCUAGCUAUGCCCCUCGUUGCUGGAAACCAUAGAAGGAGAGAGUGCUCUUGUACUUAGGUCCUGCUUGCAGGUUUUCCACAGUAUCUGGUUAGAACAGGACGCUGGACUAGAUAGGCCACUGGCCUGAUUCAGCAGGCUGUUCUUUUGUUCUAACUACACCUCCAAGAGAAGGGGGACACCUACGUUCCAGUGUUGACUAGCUCAUCUCAGCAGUUUUGUACUAUUUAGCCAUGCAACAUUUUCUUGGGGCCAGUUAUUAAGAUAGAGCAGUACCUGGGAUAAGAAAAGUAUGUGGAACAAGCACCUAGCAAAAUUAAAUAAACAAAAAGUUCCCAAAGCUGUAGUCUUUCCCCAAUGAAGUAUUGGUAUUUGCCUUGUGCUCUUUCUUUGGCUUCUCUCAGUAACAUUUGCUGUCAUGCUGCUUGCAUCAAUAUUACACAUUUAUCGCCUGCCCCCAAAUCUCCGCUGUUGCCCCAAUACACAUAGCUUUCAGCAGAGUAUAACCUGACAAAUUAUCAUCCUGGCCUUUAGGCAGGCAUGCUUUUGACCACAUGCUCAGGGAAAGAGGUUUUAUGGGCAGAGAAGCAACUCAUUUCGCAAAACCUCUGAGAGUUGGAAUGGGCUCCUUUAGUUACUAUGGUAACUAUACAAGAUAGAUAGCCUGAUUCAUUUGGGAUUGUGCAGAUUCCUUUAGAUACAGGCAUGGGGAAUCUAUGGCUGUGUAAAACUUGUUAGCCUAGAACUCUCAUUAUUCUUGACGGUGCUGGCUGAUGUUGAGGAGACAAGUUCAACAACAUAUGAGAGGCCACAGGUUCUGUUUCACUAUUUUAGGUGGUUUUCACAUGUGACACUAAAAAAUGUGUUGUCUCAUGUGAAGCAUAUUUUAGAAAAUCCUACCAUGUUUUUCAGCAGUAGUCAGCUGUCUGUGUCAGUACCAUGCUUGACAGUGUUACACUGCUGGGAGAUGAAAAUAUUGUCCAAUCUGUCUGUCAUUGUCACUGUUCUGGAGGCAUUUUGGCAGCAGGGUGGGGCAGUGCUAUGCUUCUCUGAGAGUGUGCUGAGAAGUUAAUAUCCUGCUCAGCACUAGAAUGGGAGCAUACACACCAGCAGUGUAUAAUGGCACUAAUGUCUGUUGUGUAGCAUAUGUGGUUUAAAAAAAGCAGUUGUGGUUUUUCUGAACAAACAAACAAUGUUUUGGUUGGUCAUAUUUCAUAGUACUUUGCAGUUUUGUAAAGGUUAUCAAAGAUCCUAUGCAUAGACUAAUAAAUAUUUUUGUUGGUGUGGCAUGAUUUGGUAUUUUUCCAUCUCACACUUUCCUACACCUUCUAUGGACUGUUUAUUCUCCCCAACUCCAAGACAGAGAGUAGGCACCGGUAAUUGCUAUGGGGUGUGAUGGUACAGGAAGAGAGGGCAUAAGAACAAAAAAUAAAGAGCAAAGAAGGAUUGGGCAAGUGAUUGGCACUUCCCUUCAUGAAGGCCAUAUGCAUUAUUUUGCCUGUAAAUGUAAUUGCCUUUAAUAAUACAACAUAUGCCUGUUAUAUCUGCUUCAGUAGAAGUGUAUCAUUAUUAUAGUUUAUUUUUCUGUAGACUGCAUGUUUAAUUGGUGAGCUGUUUUAAUCCUUACUGGAAUGUGUUCAGUUUUCAUUUCCUGUAGUUAAUCCUAAUAAUAAUAAUAAUAAUAAUAAUAAUAUCAUGUGGUAUUACACACACACACACACACACACACACACACACAGAGAUAUUGUUCCCAGUAGUAAUACCAUUUUUCAUUUCAAUGACAUUGGUUAAUUUCCUCAUUAAGUAGAAUAAAACACAUCUAUUGUACAUUCCCUGUUAUAGCUCAAGUUUUUAAUUGCUUGGAAAAGGCUUUCUUAGCUACUACUAAGAGUUUAAUAAGAGUAAUCUAUCUUUAUGACGACCAAUAAGCUUUACAGUAGGUUGUCUGAGGCUGCAAUCCUAAACAUGCUUACUAAGGAGAAAGUCCCAUUGAGCUCUGUGGGACUUACUUCUGAGGAAACAUGCAUAAGAUUGUAAUGAUAACUGAAUCAAAAUUUAAUUUAUGCCUAGUCAGGAUGUUAAUCUUAACCAGUACAUCUGGGCAGCUCCACAGUGGCACCAGAUACAAAAGUAAUUAGCAUCAUGGCAUUUCCAACAUCAACACUAAUUAAUGUGGGCUGGAAUGCAGAAGAGAAACCAAAUACACAAUCCAGGAAAUGGAUGGUUUGACAACCUUUGAAAUCUGCUUUUUCUUUGCGCCCUUUUGCCAUUUCUAAUUUAGCUUCAUGUCUCUUAUCGUGCUUCUUUUGGUAGAUUUUAUGAUGGCUGAACUGACUUUUUAUUGGCAAGUUUUCAGGAGUACUUCAGCCAACAAGGUCAGAGUCACAGGGCUUCUGAGGGUGGUAGACAGAGUUUGGUGGGGAGCUGAAAGCAUUCUUGGAUGACAUGGAUUAUUUAGAUCCUUUCCAAUCUGGGUUCAGACCUGGCCAUGUGACUGAGUCACCCUUGGUCACCCUGAUGGAUGACCAUUACAGGAAAGUGGAACAAGGAGGGUGCAACCUUGCUCCUGCUUCUCUUUCGAUACCGCUGCCCAUAGUAAUCUUCUUUGUUUUUUUUAAAUGAUAUUUAUUAAAGUUUCACAAAAAUACAGAAAACAAAGAAAAAAGUAUAAAUUACAGCAAAAAAGUAAAAAGUAAGAAAAAACAUACAAAAUAAAACAGUUAAAAACACAAUAAUGUUCCAUAACCUAUCUUCCUUACUCUUAUUUCCCCAGACCUCCUCAUACCUCCCUUCUUUGUAUUCCAAUUCAGUUUGUUGGUUCAGCAAAUCCUUACCAUUAAUCUUUUACCCAAUUGUUAACCUUUUUUUUCAUGUCUCUUAAAGCAUUACAGCUAAAAACCUCUUAAUUUGUAUCCAACAUCCUUCUAAAGUUCCUUAAUUUUACAAUAUUUCUGUAAAUAGUCCUUAAAUUUUUCCAGUCUUCUUUCACCGACUCUUCUCCCUGGUCUCGGAUUCUGCCAGUCAUUUCCGCCAAUUCCAUGUAGUCAAUCACCUUCAUCUGCCAUUCUUCCAAAGUGGGUAGAUCUUGUGUCUUCCAAUACUUUGCGAUAAGUAUUCUUGCUGCUGUUGUAGCAUACAUGAAAAAGGUUCUGUCCUUCUUUGGCACCAGUUGGCCGACAAUGCCCAAGAGAAAGGCCUCUGGUUUCUUCAGAAAGGUAUAUUUAAAUACCUUUUUCAGUUCAUUAUAUAUCAUUUCCCAGAAAGCCUUAAUCUUUGGGCACGUCCACCAAAGGUGAAAGAAUGUACCUUCAGUUUCUUUACAUUUCCAACAUUUAUUAUCGGGCAAAUGAUAAAUUUUUGCAAGCUUGACUGGGGUCAUGUACCACCUGUAUAUCAUUUUCAUAAUAUUCUCUCUUAAGGCAUUACAUGCCGUAAACUUCAUACCUGUGGUCCAUAACUGUUCCCAGUCAGCGAACAUAAUGUUAUGUCCAACAUCUUGUGCCCAUUUAAUCAUAGCAGAUUUCACCGUUUCAUCCUGAGUAUUCCAUUUCAACAGCAAGUUAUACAUUCUUGACAAAUUUUUAGUUUUGGGUUCUAACAAUUCUGUUUCUAAUUUUGACUUUUCCACUUGGAAGCCUAUUUUCUUAUCCAAGUUAUAUGCCUCCAUUAUCUGAUAGUAGUGGAGCCAAUCUCUCACUUUAUUUUUUAAUUUUUCAAAACUCUGCAGUCUCAAUUUAUCUCCUUCUUGCUCCAAAAUUUCCCAAUAUGUCGGCCAUUUGGCCUCCAUAUUCAUAGUAAUCUUCUUUGACUGGCUCUGUGGAAUGGGAAUUGGGAGCACUAUUACAGUGGUUCUGAUCCUCCCAACAGGACCGAGUCCAGAGACUAAUGCUGGGAGAGUGUUUUUUGGCCUCCUGGCAGGUUUGGGGCAAGUACACUGAUGACACUCAGUUCUGUUUAUCCAGGUCUGUUUAGCAUAUAACACCUCUGCUAAGACAUUUGCACUGGUUGCUCAUUUGAUAUCAGGCCAAGUUCAAGGUGUUAUCAGUGCCUUUCCCCCCCAGGGGGUACUCAAGGGUAUGCAGUACCAGCACCUCUUUCUUUCUUUUUUGUUUUUGUUAAAAAGUGUAGUGCGUGUAAUAAUUUCAUGGUGAGUACUGGCACCCAUUUUUCUAGAAAAAAAAGCACUGGGUGUUAUUAUUAGUAUCUAAAACCCUUAAGAUCUUGGACUAGUUUACUUGCAGGAUGACCUUAUCCCAUAUAUGUGCACUUGACUGCUUUGAUCUGCGAAAUUGACCCUAUUAUGGAUGCCACAUAACACUCAUUCUGCACUCAUAGUGUGGCAGCACCUGUACUUUGGAACUCCCUGCCUAUUGACAUCAGACAGGUGCCCUCACUGUAUUAUUUUUGGCACUUCUUUAAAACAUUUUAAUUUUAAUGGGCAACCCUUUCCAGAUAUGGAGAAGUAACAUGUGUUUUUAUCUCUUUUUAGUUAUUGUUGAUUUAAAUCAUCUUUGGAAUAUUUUUAAAUAACUGAGAAUUUUUAUAUUUUAUUUUACAUUUUUGUAAAAUGCUUCAGAGGUUUUCUGACAAUCAAGCAGUAUGUAAAUCUUGUCCCCUCUUGGCAGCUGCUCUAGUGCUUGUUUUUAAAAUAGAAUUAUUAUUCUUGCUUGCCCUCUGAUCCAGCUAAUAAGAAAUCGUACAGUAAAAACAUAAGAGCCUCCCGGAUCAGGCCCAUGGCCCAUCCUGUUCUCACAAUGGCCAACCAGAAGCCUGUGGGAAACCUGCAAGUAGGUUUUCCACUUGUCCCAUCCUGUGGUUUCUAGUACUUGGUAGUCAGUUUGAUGACAUCACAGUGCCUUAUAGGCAAACAAGCUAUACAGGCAACUCCUGGUUUGUGAAGGGGUCGCAUUUUGGGUCAUUGCACACUUGUGUGAAAUUGCGUACAACCAGAACACCCAGUGAAAAAGCCUGCAAACACCCUGUUCUGCCCCCACCCUGCCCCUUUUUGUGUUUUUUAAUGCCUUUUUAGGGUCACUUCUGGGUUUGCUGUGAUGCAGUCGCUGCCUGUAUGAUGACACCACUAAUCCAAAUCAGAGUGAGGGUAAUGUUUACUGGCUUCACCCUGAAUGAGGGAACUUUUUCCCUCAAUAUUGCUGAAAUGGGUAAGUGGGUUAAUGGGUGUGAUCAAUUUAAUGAAACACACCCACCCAUUUCAGCUCAACCAUAGAUUUUAUUGACUGGAGUUUUGGGGCACUGUUGAUGUUACAGUGCUAACCAGUGCCAAAGGUGCUAACUUAUCUUCAUUGGAAGUGUACCUUUUUGCUAUGAAGUGAUAAAUGAAUUCUUCUUGCUUUCCUGUAGGACUCAUCUGACAAAUGGUUCUUGGUAUUUCAUUACUUACAUAGAUCAUUAGUUUCCCCCAUGAAAUCCGCAGAUGCCUGUUGGGAUUUGUGUGGACUGGAAGUUCUAUAGCUCUUAUUCUAUAUCUGCUGUUCUCUCUCUCUCUCUUUUUUUCAUAAGCAAAGAGCCAUUCUAAGCAUUUUUUAAUUAUGUGUUAAAAGUCAGUUUGUUUUGUUCUGUUUUGUUUGUUUGUUUACUGAAUUUAUAUACUGCCCUAUACCCAGAGGUCUCAGGGCAGUUCACAGAAAAAGAUCACCAUAUAUAAAAUCAAAAUAAAGACAGUAACCCAAAUAACCCCCACCUACCCCCCACUAUAUCUGCUGUUCUCAAUUAAACCUGGUGCACCCAAGGAGGCAGAACUUUAUCCUUUUGCUGUGGCUUUUAAGGAUGUUUCUUUUGCGUGUUUAGACCUUUUAACCUCCCCCUUAAAUAAAUUCAGACAAGACUCAAAUUUUGGUUUGGUUUUUGGCAGAAUUUAGGCCACAACUUUAUUGAUUACAUCAAGUGAGUGGUUGCAUAGGCUCUGGUUCGACUAGCUCCCUGCACCGUGGCAGGUAGCGCUGACCCAGGGCACCAGCAUAGGUCAGCCUACGGUGAACGCCUGGAACAACGGAAAGCCAGGGUCAGGCUAGUCCACCAUCCAGAUGUCCCCCUGGACUCAGGCACAGGCACAACCCCUCUCAGGGUUGACCAAACCAUUGAGUCCCUGGAUUCCUUUAACAGAAUACCCUUCUCAUAGGGAUGACGAGAGCGUUCCCCCAUCCCUAUCACCUGAACCAGAGCCUAUCCACAACUUUACAAGUUGUGACGAUUUGCUAUGUGGCAGGCGAAACCCAAAUGGCAACAGCCAAUCAGCCAAGUGGGGAAAAUUCCUGCCGUGCCCCUGUCCCAACGACAGACGACACACGACGGCAUAGCAAGGUCAAGCGCAAGCCCUAAAUAUAGGGAGAAGUGGGCGGGUGUUCCGAUGCACUGGCCCAAAGAGGAAGCUCAGGGUCACGUGCAUGGGCAUAUAUAGGUCCCUCGAUCCAUUUGGCUAGCAUCCCAUUGGCCUGAUUAAACCCAGCAUCGAGGGACCUACCAACAGGGUGUUGCGGCUAUCCAAUUGUACCCACCCACAACACAGGUUUUGGUUGCCAGGUCGCACCGCAACACCCUGUUUGAGGGAGGAAACAAUUUCUCUUUGCUGCCUCUUCUAUGAGUCUAUAACACUGUUUAAAAAUGGUUCUAUUUUGACUCAGUGUUGUAAUGGCUUUAAAUGUCCCACAAGGGUUGUUUGCCCUUUGAUGCAAUAUACUCUGGAGAAGGGAUAUGAGUGUGCAGCUUUCUGGAGGAUGGCAUACCACUUGUGUAUGAAUCAAUGCUGCAGAGAACAUGAGUCGUGUCAAAAUCUUCCAGUGCUGCAGUUGUGUCUGUUAUUGCUUGGAGGGGAAAGCUUUAGGUGGAAAUAUUGCUCUGUCAAACCACCUUUCCUAAGCUAAUCACUCACUUUCUCUGCCAUUGUCUUGCUACUAAAUUUCAUCAUGGGAAUGAGGCAUCCCACUUAGGUGGUUUGGGGAAAGUAGCAUAUAUCAUUCUUUGCACUUGUCCUCAUUUCUCUGUGAACAUCAGAGUUGGAUGCUGCAAGCAACAAAUCAUUUUUCUGUUUUAUAACAAAUCCAUUUACUGCUAUAACUAUCAGAGGAGCUGACAGAGAAACCAAUAAGAUGUUUUGUGCAGCAUCAACUCGUCUCUUUUCCCACGGAGCCCAGUGUGAUGUUUCCAUCCUCAAGAAAUUGAAUUUGACCCAAGAAUGUGCAACAGAGUACUGAACCAGGUUCUCUGUUGCUAAGCUGUUUCUCAGGCCCAAACUAAAUUUGAUAGCAAACCAAGUUAUUUAAAUUAUGUCUGAAUUAUAUAAUCACAUAUAAAGUGAAGGACAGCUAGUAUAAUGAUGCAUGGAACUUAAGUUAAAGAGAGUAGGGUUCCUGUGGGGAUCGGAGGGAACUAUUUCAAUUUAUGACACAACUUUCACUUGUAGUGAAACAUUUGAUGUAGACCUAGCUUCUGCUUUAGCUUCCCUCCGCUUGCGUCCACACUUUAUAACUUAAACAUGGAGAUAGCAGAUGAACUGUGACUUUUCCAAAAUAUAGUAGUAAGAAGCCAGAAGCUGUAAAAUGUAGUCUGAGCCCACAGACAGCAAUCUAGGUCGGCUAUUAAAGGUAUAAUUGCUGUCACAAGCACAUGAUGCUCACAGGCGGUGCAGGGACAGCUGAAAGAAUGGGCAGAGGAAACAUACUGGGUUGAAUUAGGCCACAACUUUAUAGAUUACAGGAAAGGGUAGGUUUGGCUAAGGCAUUGGGCAUGUAUCCAGCAUCAAGCACCCUGCAUUCUUCUGAUCGGAACUGAGAGGGGUUGACCCUGUGCUGGGGAGUCGACCCCGACAUGGAUUAGGUCCCACAACCCCACACAGAUCACCAUUGGGAGAGGUAUAUUGGCCCAACAGUCCCUUUGAGGACUCCUGGACAGUGUCACCAAUCCUGGACCCUUUAACAGGGUACCCCCACAACUAAGGAUCUGGUCCAAAAUUGUGACGGUUGCUAUGAGGUAAGUGAAAACUUGCAAGCUGGCCAGUUUGCUUGCAGAAAAUUCCUCCCUGGCCCCGAAUAUGGUGAACAAGUAAACAAUAGCAAGGCCCAUUUAUGUGUGGUAUACAUGGUUCUCCCACUUCCCAUUGUAUCUUCACAACAAGGUUUUCCCUUGUGGUCUCUUCCAGCUCUAUGAUUCUAUGAUUCUAUAGGAGUGCUCUGAUGGUGUUUCCUGCUUGGCAGGGGGUUGGACUCGAUGGCCCUUGUGGUCUCUUCCAGCUCUAUGAUUCUAUGAUUCUAUGAUUCUAAGGUCAUCCAGCAAGCCUCAGGUCUGAGUUUUUCUUUUUUCGUGUGUUUGCCUGAACAAAAUGUGGUGGGCACUGUUCCAUUGUGAGCCUACCACAGAAUGUAUUAUAUACAUCUGGAUGACACACCCUUAUAGAAAAGAAUGAAAGCUUGUAAGAUGCAAAAGCCUUGCUGCUUAUUUAUCUUCAUGCCUGUUCUACCCUGAAACACUCUGCUGUCAUUGUUGUUAAUGAAUUCUGGGGUUGUUAAUAUUUGAUCUAGAAAGACAGACAGAAAACAUUUCUAUGCAGAAGGCACACAAGAGAUUCUCAUCCGGCUGUGCGUUCCUAGGUGGGAUUUCCUGAUCUCACAGGGGAGGAGCACAAUUAAAACUCUUAGAGUAGCAGAGCUGAGCAUAUUUGUCAGCAAAAUUGUGUUGCUGAAUCAAGUGGAUUAGGCAGCAGAUGAUGUGUGAUGAUGAGUAUCAUGAACUUUCCCAUUAACCCCUAGGCCUUCUGCCUCUGGUCCAUGCACACCUCUCCUUUGCAGCAUUACCAGGCUAACCUUUGUGAUCACCCUCUCCUCUUCCCUGCUCCACUGGCAUCAGCAUGGAUGCAGAGGUUGUAUUUAAUCCUGCAAAGCUCUUGCAUUGCUAAUCACACCAAGCAAAGCUGGCAGCUUCUAUGCAUGCCUACUAGGGGCUUGAUAUGAUUCUAUUUCUGUCUGGCUGCCUCCUCCCCUUUCCACCCUCAAGGCAUUUCUUACCCCACAUAUGCUCUACAGUUUUCUCUAAUGAAUGAAUGAGCCUUUAUAAUGGCAGGAUCUUUGAUUGCUCAUCUUAUUCCUCCAAAUUAUCAUUACAGGUAAUAUAAUUGUCCAUAUAUAGAGAGCCUGCAAAAUUCUUAAAUAUUCUUUAACAUUAGAAGUGCUUCCAAAUGAGAAUUUAUUUUGAAAUUAGUGGUGCAUGCAAGUUUUUCCUUACAUCUGCCUGAAGAUAUCACCAAAGUGGCAACACCGCUUUUUUUUUUUUACAUGUAAUCUGGCUUUCCCCUUAUCAUGGAAAAUCUGAUAAGCAAAAAUAACCUGGUGUACAUCUGCAGUGCCCACUGGUGUGGAAGCCCAUUAGAGCAUUUUGUGUCUGGUUUUUCAUGUGUGUGAUGACAUUGCAGUGGAUAGAUUCUAUCAGCUAACCAUGAGGAACACUUGGAUGAAGCUGAUUAUCUGGACCCACUCCCAUCUAGGUUCAGACCUGGUUUGAGACCAAAUCACCCUGACAGUUAUCUGGAGAAAUGCAACCCUGUUAAUUCUCCUUCGUCUUCCAGUGGUUUUUUGAUCCCAUGCAUUGACUACAGUAUAUGUAGAUUUGGAGUUGGAGCCACAGUAAUAUGAUGGUUCCACUUCUACCUUCAUGGCCUUUUCCAGAGAGUAGGAUUGAGAAGCUCUUCCUCAGCACCAUAACAGUUUUGCUGGAUCAUUCCAUCCUGUCCUCAGCGCUGUUCAACACAUAUAUAAAACUGUUAGGAAUAAUCAUUAGGAGAUUUGGAGUGAAGUACAACCAGUACGCUGAUGACACCCAGCAUUGAGAGCCAGUGUGGUGUAGUGGUUAAGAGCAGUAGUCUCGUAAUCUGGUGAACCGGGUUCACUUCUCCGCUCCUCCGCAUGCAGCUGCUGGGUGACCUUGAGCUAGUCUCUCAGCCUCACUCACCUCACAGAGUGUUUGUUGUGGGGGAGGAAGGGAAAGGAGAAUGUUAGCCGCUUUGAGACUCCUUCAUGUAGUGAUAAAGCAGGGAUAUCAAAUCCAAACUCUUCUUCUUCUCUUCAUUCCAUCUCUAUUUCUCUGUGUCAUCUGACUUGGGAAUGGUUGUUCAGAUUCUAGAGCGGUACCUGAGGCAGUGGUGAGAUGAUGCAGUAAGUGGCUGCAUCCUGACAGAUACAGACAGAGGCAUUGUGGGUAGGCCAUUCCUAGGUCUGGGAAUUAGAUGAGCUGCCUGUUCUGAGAUGGGGUUGCAUUUUCUUUGAAGAAGCAGUCAUAUAGUCUAGGGAUGCUCCCAUAACCAACAGUGAUCCAGCACGUAGCCUCCAUGGUGAGGAGCAUCUCCUGCUAGCUUUUGUUGUUGUACUAGCUGUGGUCAUCCUUAACAGGAAUAGCCUGGCCAUGGUGAUCCAUGUACUGGCAGUCUUGCGGAGCCGCUGCAGUGUAAUCUAUGUGAGGUGACCUUUGAAGUCAUUCCAGUAGCUGGUGCAGAAUGCAGCAGCUGGGCUGUUCUGUAGGGAGGCUUGCUUGGCAUCUUUGUUACAUAUCUUUAGGCUUCAGGCUAAAACAUCCAUUUUCUGUCAGGCUUUUGGCUAAUUAAGCAAUCUAUGCCUUUUAAACUGUGGGGGUGGAGGGGUUAUUGUUUUUAUUUGUUAUUAUAGCAUGUAUUUUUGUGUUUUUAUAUUGUAAUCUGCCCUGUGAUAUUCAGAUGCACCCAAGAUCUAAUUUUUGAAAAUCUAAAUUUUGCUUUUGAGCACAUAAUUUAUGUCAGCAAGUACCGUAAUUGCAAUAAACAUAAAUUAUUUGUGGCUUUCAAGUUACUUAGGCCAUGCAUUUACUUCAAUAGGUCUGUUGUGGAGUUUGUUCUUGGGCACUUUGGCAGGUCUUUAUUUUUUAGGUCAUGUUUGCACCUCAGGUGAAUUAUUUUAUUUAGAGCAUUUUUAAUUCUCUUGAGUCACAAGCUAUUUUACUCAAUCCAGACUAUACUUUUUGGAAAUCUCAACCACACACUAGCUGUGGUAACCAAGCUCAAUGAUAAUCGACCCAUCACAUUCCUUGAGAAAUUGAGUCCUUUGUUUUCAUUUUGCUUUUAAUAGAAGUAUAAAGAUGUGGAACCAACUCUGAAGAUCAAAGAGGUGGAUGGCUUGGAGCUGGUGAAGAAGUUCUCUGAAGAGAUGCAAAGCAUGUUGGGGAGAAAAGUAGAAGCUGUUGAGGUAAAUAUUCAAAUUCCUCCCCAGGCAAGAGUGAAAAAGGAAAAGAAACCAAAGUAAUAAAAACAGAUCAUCCUCCAAUCCAGGGGUAGGCAGUAUAGCAUUUGCCAGAUUUUGGUAGACUCCCAUCGUGACUCAUGGUCAGCGUGACUUAUGGUCAGGGAUGAUGGGAAGUUGUAGUCCAACAACUUCUUGUCUAACCUGACCUAUUCAUAUCUUUCAUUUUUAUAGUUUUCUCAGUUAAACUUGUUGCACACCUCAAAGCUGCAGGGUGUGGCGAGGAGAUAGUGUACAUGGUACUUAAUAAAAAAGCAUGUAGGAACAGAUUUCUUUAGUUGCCUUCCAGAAGAAAGACACAGUAGCAAGCAGAGCAUGUGUUUUGCAUGUAGAAGGUCCCUGUUUCAGUUGUUGUAACCUGCUCUGGAAUUUAUGGUGAAGGGUGGGUAAGAAAGUGAAUAAAUAAUAAUAAUAAUAAUUUUUUUAAAAGAAAACAUAGCUCUCUCAUGAUAUUUGUAGUUUUGCCCCACAGUUGUCUGUAUUUAUUUACUGAAGCACCCAUUUUUGUGUGUCUAUCUGUGUGUAUAAUUUCUUUUCAACUGAAAUAUGUGGAUUACCUAUGCAGUUACAAAAUAAAAAUACUGUGCUGGCUUAGUUGGUGCUGUUGGCAAAUGGCUAUUUGAUCCUGCUUUAAUAAACCCAGGCAGACUGUUCUUGGUUCAUUGGUUUUGUGACCGUGGUAACAGCCCUCUUGUCUUCAUCUUUGUAGACUUAGUAGAUGAAGGACUGCAUGGUUGUUUUUCCUCUGGGUUCUGUUCCAAAAAGAAAUGUGCAUCCCUCCCCCCCGCCCCGUUGCUUCUCUGCUACAUUCCCCCCCCCCCCCAUAAAGAUUGCGCUUAAUAGCCUGAAAGGCUGUCCGGGGAACUGUUGGAGCUGGCUAGGAAAGACUGUGAAUAUAACCAGCUAAAUUUAACCUUGUAACAGGAAAGAUGUCCAUUGAUCUUUAAAACACUCCUGCAAAAAAAAAAUGUUACAUGGGGGGAAAAAUACGAGAGGGAGACAUUGCACAUACUUUUGUAAAUCAAGAAAAUCUUUAAUAAAAAUACAUUAAAAACACACACUCCUUCAGCACUUUCUUUUGGGUUAGGCAAGAUAUGGAGACCAAGAGUAGGGUUACUAUGGUUUCUCCCACUCCCGCCCUCUUCAUCUGACAGGCAUGCUAUGUUUUUAGACACCUUAUGACAGGCAGAAAUUCAACAGGUGAUAAUUUUCUCACUACCACAUCUCCACUUUGGAUAAAGCUGAAUGUGACAUCCAACUGUGAAAGACAUAGAAACCUCCCUUGGGGGAAAAUGCGGUUCUCCUAAACUUCAUUAUUUUAGAUUUGUUUUCCUCGCUUUGAGUAAUACUUUGGAAAAGUCUUGAGCGUCACUUCACAUUUUAUUAUUUAUUUUACAGCGUUUGGUUGAGGCAGCAGAAGAUGCAGAUCUGUAUCACGAGUUCAAUUCCUCAUUGGAUGUAAGUCAUGCAUUUAUUGCAAGUGUUUGUUCCAAAUUCCUCCACACACAAAAACAUAGAUCUCGGAAGAAGGAUAGGCCUUGAACUGUUCCUGACAUUUACUUCUGUAUGCAGAGAAAAUUUCUUCGUAUGGAGAAACAUUCAUUCACAUGAGCGCCUCAGACAGGGGGAGCUGGACCUAGCACAUUCCUAGACAUGCUGAGAAUUGCCUUGCCUCAACAUCUGGAGGGCACCACGUUGGCUAUCCUAGGAGUGCAGUUUUCUCCACUGGAUGCCUGCUCCACUUGUUGUGAGCCUGCUAAAACUCUCUGGACUGAAAUUCUAAACAUCCUAUUAAUUUGUGGAAAUCACUGGUGAAAGUGUUAUGGCAUUCAAAAUGAGGUCUUAAUUAUAGUGCAGGUGAAAAAGGCGUUACCAACCAGCCAUAUAUUGGUGGUUUUCUAGUAUUGCCCCUUGUGGGAGAAGGCACUGAGUGAGGCACUUGUAGCAUUUCUUCAGAGCCCCAAGCAAGCAUAGCUUGUGUGCCACUGGAUGCCUUGUCACAUUUGCCAGAAAUCACUAGCUAGCCUUUUCUGCAAAGGCACACAAAAGUGAAUGUCAUUGCCACACAGUGUGGAUUGGUCUUAAAUUGUCAUGUGGAAGCCAUGAAUUUGAUGGUCCUUCUACAUAAAGAUGCAAUACUGUGCAAAUCUACUUGUCAUAGGUCCCAUUUACUUUGGUAGGUCUUACUUUGCUGGGCUGGGCAAGGGUGACUUGUAAACAUCCAUAUGCAUACUAUAUAACAUUCAGUGCCUCCUGCUCCCUUAUUUACCUUUUUUUUUUCUUUGCCUGCAAACAACUUUCACCUGUAACAUGCAGCUAGUAUCGGGUCCUGAAAUAUUUUUGCCCUAAGCUCCUGCACCAGAUGUAUACAAGGCACUGCUUUGGUAUUAAUACUUUAAUGAAAAUUGACAGGAGAUUAGCCCAACUUUCAGUAGUACAGAGAGAAAACAGUUUUGAUAUCUCCCAGUUUAGCAAGACUCCACAUCCUCAUUCCUUCACCCAGUCAGCAUUUCCCAGUAGAAUAUGUUAGUUGGCUAAUGGACAGAUUUUUGAUGAGGAAGUGAUGAGGAAACAUUAAAGGGAAGGGGAACCUUUUCCUCCAGCCAAAUAAUAAUCAAUUAGAGAAUAAUUCUCGUAAUGAUUGCCAAAUUGCAUUAAGUUUCUCCUGAUUUAUCUCUCCUGUAGAACAUGAUUCAUUGUUUAAUGGGCAGAUCUAAAAGAUAUUCAACCCAGUCUUCCAAUUAUAGGCAUAGAAUAUGAUUUCCAGAACUGUAAAAUAAUGUGCUUUGCCACAAGCAAUGCUGUAAACAAUCCAGAGUGCAGCAGAAACCUACUACCUCACAGGGAUGCAUCUCAAAAUAAGGUGAUUAAAUCAGCGUUGUAGCUUAAUUAAUUCCGCAAAUCUUUUCCACAGGAGCUUAAGUAACAGAACAUUUUCAAAUCGCAUAGGCCAGACUUGCUUGUGAACAUUUCUGGCAUUUAUCAUUAUUCAUAUUUUUCCUGUAUUAAACAGAUUUAUACAAUAUCAACCCAAGGUCUCUCUGUGCUCAGUUGUCAAGACAGCAGAUUUAUGUUUGUUUAUUUUUUUUAAAAAAAGAGGGGCAUUAAGCAGGCCUUUGAGUUUAGUUGCCUUGAUGCAGACCUCACUCCCUAAUUCAGCAUUUAAGUCAAUGCAAUACAAAUAGAGGAUUCAGUUAGCUAUCAAAGACUAUCAAGGUGUAUGUGGACUAUAUGGAGAGUCUAGGCAGGAAGCCAGAGCAGAGGUCACUUUUAAGAGGGCAUACAAAUGUAUACAGUUCAUCAUUCAUCCCAAUUAUCAAUAUCCUUGCUACGCAAACUUUGGCAUCUAAUGAUCUCCCAGUAUGCCACCUUGCAUCUGCAGGCAGCCAGUUAGCAAAACUGCCAAUUACUUAGACAUUUUGUGUUGCCGAGGCAGUCUAGAGGAUUGAAAUUCAGCUGUAUGUUUGACAAAUUCAUCAGUGUUAAACCCAGCAGAAUAUAAAGUGAGCCUGAGAAUGUAGGUCAGUGGAAAAUCCAGUGCCUGCAUGGAAUGUGCAGCACAGGCAGGAGAUGUGCAGCUUAUUCCCUUAUCGUAAGUUCAAAGAAGGCGUAGGGUUUCUGUACCUUUAAUGGUUUAUAUAGAAGGGGUUUAUAUUCAGCAGUCUAGCUUAUCUCAUCCUUGAAUGACAACAAAGCAUACCAGCCAAAAAAUCCCAGAAGCGUACUUUUGAAUCCAUAUGCAAUAUCCAGUCACUUCUGGGGAAAGACUGCUGAAUGUUGUAUAUGGGUCUUUGUUUAAUAUCAAUGAAACCUUAAUUUUUUAACAGUAGAAAGUUAUUCACAUGGCCUUAGACGGGGGGGGGAGGGUAGGACUUUUUGUCAGCCUGAGGGCCACAUUCCCUCUCUGGCCUAGUCUCUGGAGGCCACAUGCCAAUGUUGGGUGUGGCCACUCUAGAUAAAUGACACAUAUGCAUAUACAGCAUACACUGCACUCACAUUCUACGUUUACAUACAUACAACAUACUGAAUACGACAUGUACACUGACAUAACCAGAAGUAAAAUCCAGAAGCUUAAUUGGAAUUAGGAAUCUAGAAUCUUGGAAUUUGGUUGGGUUGGAAUCCUUGGACUGGCUCGGGACUGUUGCAAGUUUGACUCAGGUGAACAGGUGUUUUGCGCAUUUUUAUUUUUUGGUUUUGCACCAGAAGAUUGUGGAUUAGUGUGAUUUUGUGAUGUAAAGCCUUGUUGGGGGGGGGGGUUAUUAAGGUAUAAAUGAAUGUGUGUCUGGGGUGACUGAGGUCAUGCCAUCGUGAUAUUUAGGUACUGAAAUCUAAUAUACUGUCUCUCUAUUUUUUCUUCAUCCCCAGAUUAAUUAUUACAAUGCCGUUCUCAUUAACGAAAAGGAUGAUAAAGAUAAUUAUGUGGAGCUUGGUGAUGAAUUCAUUCUGGAACCAAAUGAGCACUUCAAUAACCUGCUGGUGAACACAACAUUAAGUGACAUACAGCUUCCAACUAAUGUUUACAACAAAGGUAGAGAAUUUCUGUGUUAAUUCUACUGGUAAGGCAGCAAUAGAGCCAGAGAUGAAGUAUCAAAAUUUAGCUGGCAACUCUAGGAAGAGAGGAAAAGACUGACCAUAGACUUGCGUGUUAUGUAUGUUUUAUGGGAGGAAAAUAUGAAUCCUUGUGACCCAUGUAUGUGGGUGAGUAAUAAAAUAACCAGCUGGGUGCCUGGAUUCAAAAACAGAAGGAAGGAAGGUGGGCGGGAGGGCAGACCUUUAACAGGCUCUUCGCCUUCCCUGAGCAAAAACUGCUUGAAGGGGUGAUUUGGAUUAUGUAAAUAAUACAGGAAGGGAAUCGUUAAGCAUCCCCAAUCAAUGUGUUGAACACACAUACACCUGAACUUGGCAAAAAAAACAAAAAUAAAAUUGAGUAAGAAUGGGGAGAUCAAUUAUAGUUCUCUCAGAGUAACCUGCAAUUUGUCCCUAGUUAGCUGGGUUUCAUCAGUACCAUCUCUUUGGUUAGAUUUUGUCCGGAAGCUGGGCAAGGAAAGACCUACAGCUAAGCCCGAGGAAAACAGGUGCCACUCAUUGAAAAUAUUGGAGCAGUUAGUUUAAUGUUAGAUGUACUUAGAAUAAGGCAUCUUGAUACAUUGAUAUUUGUUAGGCUUCUAGUCCUCAUGAAAGAAGAGGGGAGUUUGGCUAGAUAUUGUUGGUGGAGGACGCUGGUGCAUCUGUAUCCUCUAUAGGUUUGUUUGUUUUUAUUCCUUCUCAUUCUUUCUUUCCCUUUCUUACUAUUGUUCCCUUAUUGCCUCUUUUUGUCACAGACCCUGAUAUUUUGAAUGGGGUUUAUAUGUCUGAAGCAUUGAAUGCUGUUUUUGUGGACAAUUUUGAAAGAGAUCCAACUCUCACUUGGCAAUAUUUUGGCAGCUCUACAGGAUUCUUCAGACUCUAUCCAGGUAAAGGUCUUCAUGCCUAUCUGGCCUUUUCUUAGAAAGGUUUCAGGCUUAACUGCACAUGGAUUGAAUGUAGCUUUACCCCCAUGAAAAUAAAAGGUGAGCUCACAGCCCCAGAUUUGGAUUGCAACCACAAUAAGGAGCAAGGGCUAAAGCCUUCCUACCCUCCACACCAGGUUCUGAUCUUGCUGAAAGGCUGUGUACUUGCAAUAGGGAUUUGGAGGGUGUUCAGUUCAGUUUGCUUUUAAAGGUGAACCUACCUAGUUCACAUUUUCCAAAACAAUACAUGAACCCUUCCAUUACAGCCAAGUAAUAUGUACAAAAAUGUAUGUAUUAGGGGAAAGUAUGCAUUAAAAUGCAUGUAUUAGGGAAAAUAACAUAUUUUAAAAUGUUAUAUUUUGGGAAAUCACUCUGUAAAAUUGUGUGUAUUAGGCAAAAUUGCAGAGAAAUAGGUGUAUAUUAGGAGAAAAUUACAUUAAAAUUCUAAUGGAUUCAUAAUGAUUCAUAAACAUAUGGAAAUGUGAAAUGCUAAGCGUAAGAUUGGGAAAUUAGAAACUGGAGAAACAAAAACUGAAACAUUUGCCCAUACAUAGCAUGCAAUUUCUGAAAGAAAACGUGUGCCCUCAAGGGGCAGACCAUAACAUACAGUUUGGUCCUUAAUUAUUCAAAGAAAAGGAGUACACUAAACCAAAAUCAGUUCAGAGAUGCUACAAUAUACCAGCCUGUGGGAAUGUUCAGGGAGGCAAGAGAGGAUAUAUUGUUUAAUAAUAUCCUUCCCAACUUGCAUUAGCAAGUCCCUUUACUUAACAGAGUGCAUACCCCUUUUUAAUACACAGCGGUUUGCUUGUUGCAAGCUUGUUUGAGUCCCUCUUAAAAAAAAUAGACACGACAGGUCUUAUUAAAGUCAAUAUAAAAGUAGUUUACUCACAAUCAUUCAGUUCAUAGUUGGAUCCCUGAAGGCAGACUUAGGUUACAAAACUAUAUACAGUGGUACCUUGGUUUACAACCAUAAUCCAUUCUGGACAUCCAUUUGUAAACCAAAACAGGUUGUAACCCAAGGCGCGCUUUUGCCAAUGGGGCUUAAAAAAAAUAAUGUUCAUAAUUGGGGGGAAGGGGGGGGGAAGGGUUGUAAUCCAAAAAAAGGCUGCAAACCAGGACAUACACUUCUGGGUUUGACGUGUUUGUAAUCCAGAACGUAUGCAAACUAAGAUGUAUGCAAACCAAGGUUCCACUGUACACAUGUGGAACUAUCCCAUAAGGGAGUUAGUUCCUAAGUGACUGCAGACAGGCUGUUACAUGGAAAAGCAAAAAUGGAGAAGAGCAAAAGGAAGGAGCUGUGCUCCCUUGCCCAGAUUAGGCCUCACACACUCACAUGGCCUCAAGUCACGUGCAGAGGAAAUUUGUCACAGCUCAGGAGAGCAAGUUAGACUCCUGGCUGGUACAAAGCAUCCACUAGCAUGUUCACUCUAGUGUACUUGAGUGCUAUGUGUCUGAAAUCCCACAUAGCCAAUGUUAAGCAUCCUUAGGGUGUGAUCCCCUAUGCAUAUUGACUUGGAAGUUGGUCCCACCAAACUUGGAAAACACUCAUAAAAUGUAGAUAUUACAUCUAAAUCAGGGGUUUCCGAACUGUGUUCUUUGGACCACUGGUGAUGUGCACGUUUUGUUUAGGUGGUCUGAAAAAUUCAAUUACAGCAUCUAGCACAGCCUAUUACAACUGCUACAACAGGCACAAAAGUCAUCAACUGGUCUGCCAGCACCACCCACAAUAUUCCUGUUGUCCAUGGGAGAAAACUAUAAACUAGUCAAAAUAAAUGGGACAAAAUAAAUUGUCUUGUUUGUGCCCAUUCCCUGCAGUUCAGGCAGGGUGAGUACACAGUAAUAAUGAUGAAUUUAAUUAAAUUAGGAGCCUGCCCAUGACUGAUGACCCUCUGCCUCAUACAUUUGUGUCAAUGAGGCUCAUUCCAAAGUAAAUAUGCACAGGAUUGCAGCCUCAGAGUACAGUAUUGGUUUGCUUUGCAAUUGUGAUCUCUGCACAACUGAUAGAGAGUUCAAGGUUUUUGGAUUGUGUUUUGCUUCACUGUGUAGAGAAAUCCCAGAAUAAGCAACUGUUAUAAUAUUGUAAUGCUGGGAAAGGGCCUAGUUAAGGUUCUGAUGCUUACGUAAUAGGGCUGCUUGUAUUCCUGUGUGUGCCAGAUCCACAGCAAAAUUGUUUUGAUGUCUCUACAGGAAUAAAAUGGACACCGGAUGAAAAUGGGGUCCUCUCCUUCGACUGCCGAAAUCGAGGCUGGUGAGAGAUUUUGAAAAGAUUUCAUACUCCUGUGUUUGAUUUGGAGGGAUCCAGAGUUUAUUCUUCCUUCCAACUUUUGCUUCCUUCUGAGAUUUGUUCUAGAUACUAUCAGUGGCACUUCCUCUAUUCAGUUUUAGCUUCUCCUUCAUGUCACUGUCUCCAAAGGGAAUGCUAAAAUUGCUCCCUAACAGUCAAGGCAAGUGUUUAUGUGUACACAUAUGAAGAUUUGCCUCUCCCUAUAUCAUCUACCUGUGACUAUUCCCUCUAUUACGCCAUUGAGUGGGGUACAUUAUGUGGUGAUUACAUAGAGCAAGGCUUUUCAGCAGUGGCACCCUCCCUGUGGAACACCCUCUCUUUAGAAGUGUGGUUGGCACGGUGAAAGAAACUGAGAUACGAAAGCUAGGAGCUAAAUGGCACCUUAAACCUAGGUUAUGGGUGCAACAAUGGAAUGUCUAGGCAUGCUUUUUUAUAACAAGAAUACAAAGCUGAAUGAAUGAACUGCAGCUAAAAUAGUAUGUUCAUUUUUCACAUGGUCUCGUCCUUCCCCUGCCAACCCCUAAUAUUCUUAAUAUUCUUCCCUUUUUAGGGAAGUUUUUGAUGACUGAUGUUUUAAUGUAUUUUUAACCUUCUGUUAGAAGCCACCCAGAGUGGCUGGGGAAACCCAGCCAGAUGGGCAGGGUAGAAAUAAAUUAUUAUUAUUAUUAUUAUUAUUAUUAUUAUUAUUAUUAUUAUGUCUCUUCUCCAGUCUUCAGAGAGUGGCUGGAAAUGAGGAGGCAGAAAAAGGUCCUCCUUUCCUUCCACUUUGCAGUUUUAUUCUGAAAUCUUAGAUGCAGUACUGCACCCAGAGUUUAGAAACUGCUUGCACUAACAAAAUUCCCUGUCACAAAAUGCACCUAGAACAAUGGGAGUUUUGAACACCGGGUUGCAUCAUCACUUUCACCAUUUUGGCACCAAGUUAAGAUCUGCCUGUUUGCUCAGGCAUUUUUGUGGUUUAGGUGUGAAGUUGAUCCUGCCCUGGGUUUUUCACUGCUCCUUUUUUAUUGGAAGGGGUCUUAUGGUUUUAUUAUAGUGCAUUAUGUAAUUUUAUGUGUUGUAUUCCACACGGAUAUCAUUACAGGUGAAGGGUGGUUUAUAAAUGUUUUUUAAAAAACAAUACUUUAAAAAUACGAUCGAUCAAAAGAACAAGAGCCCAAGCAGUCUAGCAUCCUCUUUUCCACAAUGGUUAAAGACAACCUUCCCAACCAAAUGUCUUACAGAUGUGUUGGAGUGUGAUUGUCAUCAGCACUAGCGAGCACAGCCAUGCUGAUGAGGGGUGAUGGAAGUUAGUCCAAAAUAUCCAGAGAGUGCCAGAUUGGGGAAUGUGAGGUUAAGCAGAUGCUACUGGAAAGCUCACAAACAGAGCUUGAAAGCAAUAGCUGUUGCUUCCUAGUAACUGGCAUACUGUCUGUGUAAUGAGUGGCUGCUGAUAGACCUACCCUGCAUAAAUUUGCCUAAUCCUCCUUUAAAAACAGCUAAACUGGUGGCUGUCACCCCUUCUUGUUGCAGCGAUGUCCAUAAAUUAAAGAUGUGGGUUGUGAAGAAAUAUGUUCUUUCAUUUAUUCUGAAUAUAGCACAAGUUCUUAUAUUAUGAGGGAGGGAGGAAAAGUUAUGUCUGCCACUUCCUCCGCACCUUGCAUAAUCCUAUCCUUCUUGGUCAUUUCUCUAAAUUAAGAAGCCCCAAAUGCUUUAAUCUGUUCUUUUAAAAUUGUUGGGUUUGUUAGAAUCUAUGCACCACCUUUCCUAAGGCAGGGUGUUAUUACUGUUGUUGUUUGGUUGUUGUUACUUGCCCUUCAGCAGGUCCCAGGAUGACUACAACAAUCGAAAAGUUCAGUACAGUACUAAAAACAGUUAAAACAAAUUUCAGUGACAGAAAUAUGAUGGGUCCUGAAGAUACACGCAGCAGGUGUCAAAGGGCCAUGUAUUCAGAGGAUGCAUCCUUAGAUCACCACGCUAAAUAGGAAAUGAAUCAAUACAUUCUUCUGAUUCUACCAUGCAUUGAGAUCACUUCUUCCGGCUUGGAUCAUGUGUUCCCUGAUAUGGUCCAGGAACCUCCCACUAGUGCCACUCUUGCACACUUACAUGAUAUUUACUGCUUCCCUUUCUUGUUCCUGUCAAGGUACAUCCAGGCUGCUACAUCACCCAAAGAUAUUGUCAUUGUGGUGGACAUCAGUGGGAGCAUGAAGGGUUUGCUCCUGUCUAUUGCCAAACACACCAUUGUCACAAUUUUGGACACGCUGGGAGAGAAUGACUUUGUUAAUAUUAUUGCCGUGAGUACAAACUCCUUCCUCAUUUGUAAACACCCUCUCCCUCGGCGACAAUGGAACUAGAUUUUAGUUUGAGAAAGAGCUCUGGGUUGGCAUUGGAUGAGCAGAUCAAUCUAUUUCUGGCCCAUGUCCCUUUUGCUGCUGUUUGCUGCUAUUUGCCUGCAUUCGCCUGUUCCAUCCUGCUUCUGCACUACUCUCCAGACUUUUAAGAUGCACAAAACUUCAUGUUUAAAUCCAUUUUUCUACAUGUAUUUUCUCUCAAAAUAUAUAUUUAUAAAUCUCUUUUUUUAUUGAAACUGGCAUUUCUAAAUGCAUUUUUUUUAAAAAACCAGUAUCUAUUUCAGGCUGUUAAGAAAGGGUAAAAACCACUUGAUAAGUAAGACCGCAAUACUGCCCCCUACUUACCUGACAGUAAGUUUAAUUGAAUUCAAGAGGACUUGCUUUUGAGUAAACAUGGUUAGGGUUGCACAUUAUCCCAGGAGGUGUGGAUCAGGUUAGUUCCUAUAGGAAUUCACAAAGAUCAAAACAUCUAGCUCCCAGCCAUUUCAAUUUGUGUUCCAACCGUCAUUCACUGAUUGGUUAGAAGAGGCUAGAGAAAUUGCCCCCUGACCUUUCUCUCUGUUAGAUAUGAAGCAUGACCUGCUCAGUCCAACCUGUGGACCACUCCUGUCUGUGGUAUGCUCUAAGGAAGGCUAUACCUAGAUACUUUCACUUUCUUACAAAAAUAUAAUCACAUGAAAUUUUAAGAUUGCCCUCAUGCUUCAUGAAAGGGACUUUCUUGAUUGUUUUGCUUGCUCCCCCCUUUUUUUGCAAAGAAUGCUAUGCCCAGAUAUGUCCCUAGUCUCAACAAUUUUUUUUCAAGUCUUGCUUUUUUUGCAAGACAGAAAUUGUUUAGAAGUAUUUACUUAGAGUCAUCUUUAGUCUCAGUUAUCAGUACCAGAAACUGAAGACAGCUGUUAAAAAUAGUCCUUGCUGCGAUCAGAUUAAGACUUUGAACUGGCUCGGGCCGAGUAUUUAUUCUCAAGAGCAGUUUUCAUAGGAUUAAAAGACAACAGAACAAUCACAUUCUCCGCUGUCCAAAAAUAACUGACUAAAUGGCUAACUGGUCAUUUGGGUGAGCUCAGGGGUGGAGAGAGAGAGACAGACCUGGAAUGGGAGAGGAAAGGAUACCCACAAUUGUGUCUGAAGGCCAGCCACACUCACCAGUUCAUCUCUCUGCUCCUCCCUACCAUGCCCCUGUGUAGUUUCUGGCCUCUCACUGUAAUUUAGCCUGUAACUAAACCACCCACUGACAGUGCAUCAGUCUUAUUUAGAUUGAGCUUUCAUUUCUUGGCUCUCAUCCAGUGCAUUAGCAAGGGAAGACAACAUGUAUACAUCCCCCCCCCCCCAAUUUGUACCCUUUUGCAAGCGAAUUUCUCUAAUAUAAUGCAUCUCCUGUGUUAUUUUUCCACAAAUGUAUGCAUACUUUCUCCUCACAGGAAUGUUUUGUCCCCAUUAUAUGGUUUGAAACCUGCAUCACAAAAUUUGGAGAAAUGUGAAUUUGGAAGGAUAACUGUUUCAGUUCACAUAUUAUUUCAGAAAGUACAAACCAGGCAGCUUUGUAUUAAAAUGUGAGCCAAAGUCAAUUUCUCCCUAUCCCCAACCAGGGCUGACUGUCUCUCCUUUUAGCUGCAGCAGUAAAAGGAGUCCCUUCUAAACACCACCACCUAGGGUUACUGCAGGACAGCUGAGGUAUCUAGGGUGUCAAAGGCUGCAAACAUAAUCCCGAUUUGCAGACUUUGUCAGGGAGUUAACACUGCCACUUGAUCAGGUGCUCUGGCAAAAUGCACCCAUUCUGUGUACAGGAAAAAGCAAAGUGCCAUGUCUUUAGAAUGUAGCUGAAAGCCUGUGGGUUUUUAUACCAGCUGGAGCAUGUAUUUAAACCCUUUGGGUAGUCAACCUCAGACUGAUGGUCACGGCUGAUGCAGUCCUUUGCCUACUUUUAUUUUAUUCUUUUUUGCUGAGGAAAAACACAAGAGAGGCUACAAAUCUCUGUCCUUAAGUAAGCCACUUUGCAGAAAUAUCCUUAUUUGUUACAUAAGUAGCUUGCUUUGAGACAAAGCUAUCUGCAGCAAAUCGUCCCUGUGUCCACCCUGGGAAACUGACAUGCCCUCUCUUCAGUUCAGACUUGUGUGUGGUUAUUACAAUAUUGUGUUUGCCCUGUUCAUAAUAUCUAAUUUUCAUUGUAAGCUGUUAUUAAUGAAGGGUGAGGUAUUUAAAUUUUAGUACAGUGGUACCUCGGGUUACAUACGCUUCAGGUUACAUACGCUUCAGGUUACACACUCCACUAGCCCAGAAAUAGCGCUUCAGGUUAAGAACUUUGUUUCAGGAUGAGAACAGAAAUCGGGCUCCGGCAGCACGGCAGCAGCAGGAGGCCCCAUUAGCUAAAGUGGUGCUUCAGGUUAAGAACAGUUUCAGGUUAAGUACGGACCUCCAGAACAAAUUAAGUACUUAACCCGAGGUACCACUGUACUAAAUACUGCCUAGAACACAUAUGCUGUCUUUAUCAUCUACUGUAUAUCUAUAUAUCUCUAUAAAGUAUCAGGCAUAGCCAAACUCAGCCCUCCAGAUGUUUUGGGACUACAACUCCCACCAUCCCUAGCUAACAGGACCAGUUGUCAGGGAUGAUGGGAAUUGUAGUCUCAAAACAUCUGGAGAACCGAGUUUGCCUAUGCCUGCUCUAUAUCUAUCUAUGUUCUAUGUUGCUUUUCAUAGGAAACAAGAUCCCAGUGGGCCAUAGUAGAUUGCACAUGAAGUGGCAAUUCGAGUCUCUCAUUUGGCACUUUAAGGACUUAACACUUGUUAUUAUGGCAGAAGCUUUUGUGAUGAACUGAGUUCAAGUGCCAUAAUGGCUUGUGCCAUAAUUAAAUGCCUUGGCCUUUAAAGCAGGUGUGGGAGUUGCUGUCUAAUAAGCAGUGAACAAAGGGAAACACUGAAGAAAAUCAAGAAAGAGGACAGGAAAUGUUGCCUGAAUAAUUCUGGCACCAUAUGGGCAACAUCUUAUUUUUACAGUCUCCAGAGGGAUAGCCAUAGUACUCUGUUAUUGCAGCAAAACCAGCAGAGUUUGGUGUCACUUUAAAGCCGCGGUGCAGAACCUUUGGCCCUUCAGAUGUUGCUGUACUACAACUCCCAUCAGGCCUAGCAAGCGUUGCCUGCCAAAGCUUUGCUGGACUUGGCUCAGUCUUGUGAGGGUAGGGGAUGGAGUAAGAGCAAACCAAGAACUUAAAAAGUUCAGGUAAAGAUCUUACUUGUGGAACACAACAGGAUAUUGGCAACCAAGGCUAUCCACUUUUUAAAUUACACAUAUUGCUGGCAUUUUAGUGAGGGAAUGUCUAGUGUGAAUCUAUGCCUUGAUUUGUUUCCAAAGAGCAUGGGGAGGUAUUUUGUGGAAUCUUGCAUUUUAAAAUGUAUGCUUUCAAAAGCCGUGAUGGUUGUUCUUUAUACAUAACAAUAUCUCCUGAAACCUAUGUAACUCUCUAAGGAAGAUUCCUUUUCUUCUAGUCACUCUACCACCACCCCUUUUUGCCUUUACAGUACAAUGAUUAUGUUCAUUAUGUUGAAUCCUGUUUCAAGGGGAUCCUGGUUCAAGCAGACAGAGAUAACAGAGAGGUAAGUACUGGACUUCUAGGGACAUAUUUAGGCGCAUUAUUGAGUGUGAACUGGUGUGUGUGUGUGUGUGUGUGUGUGUGUGUGUGUAAUAAUUUUAAAUUUUCUACUUUAUAAACCACUUAGAGAUUGUUUUAAAUAUUAAGCAGUAUAUAAAUUUAAUAAUAAAAAAUAAUGAUUGUGCAUUAUUCUUUAUCUCAACCUGGUGGCAAAAUCCAGAUGUUUUGAACUGCAAUAGGCAUGGAAAAGAAAUUCAAUUCAGUACACAUUUAAAGCUGAAUUUAUCAAAUUUGCAGUGUCUGAAACAAUACAAGAAUCGAAACAUAGCUAUCCUUCAUAAUUUGCACUGAAUUUUGCUACGCAGUUCUCAAACCAAACAAUGUUUACAAAAAUGCAUAUAUGAGGGGAAUAUGUUGCUAAAAAUGAACAUAUUGGUGAAAAUAACACACACACAUACACCAUAUACGUGUUAGGAUUCUAUAUUUUGCAAAAAUGUAUGCAUUAGUUGAAACUGCACACUAAAAUGUGUCUAUUAGGAGAAAUUAACACUAAAAUUUUCAUAAGAAUUUUAAAAUAUGGAAUUCACAAAUUGCUGCAAAAACACAGAGAACUGUAUUUAAGAUUGGAAAAAUGAGAAACUGCAAGAACCAAAUUAGGCAGAUUUUCCAUCCCAAGACUACAGUUCCCAUCAGCCCCAUCUAGUAUGGCCUAUGAUCAAGGUGGUUGGGAGUUGUAGUCCAACAAUAUUUGGAGGGCACCAGGUUGAAGAAGACUAAACUGUCUAAUGCUAUGAAGAAUACCUUUCUUGCUUCUUUGCUUAGCACUUCAAGCAGCUAGUGGAUGAGUUGCAAGCAAAAGGAGUUGGGACAGUGAAUAAAGCCUUGACAGAAUCCUUCAGAAUCCUGAGGGAGGUAAGAAAUGUUGUGGGGAUAAAGGUCUUUCCUCUCUCUCUCUCUCUCCAUGCUGCCUUCAUUCCAUGAUGUCCUGCAGCAUUGUGGCAAUUAUGGCAAUGCACUGGAGGAGAAGGAAGUUCUCCAGAUAACAGUGACAAAAACCCUCUGUGACAGCACCAAAAGCUGCUGAUGGGCAUGUUGGCUAAAAUUACAGCAAGAGAAUAUGAUGUCAACAUAUUUGGACAGUGUUAUUUUAGGAACGUAGGCGCACACACACACACAUUUAUUAAGUGUUUGACUCUAGACUGUAAUGAAAUUGUGAUGUUGUUAUGACAAAGAAGGAUAGUAGAAUUGUAGACCUGGAAGGGACCCUGAGGAUCUUCUAGUCCAGGGGUCAGCAAAUUUUUCAGCAGGGGGCUGGUCCACUGUCCCUCAGACCUUGUGGGAGGCUGGACUAUAUGUUGUCAUGAUUAUGACCGACAUUUUUGGCAAAAACCCUUAUUUGGACCAACCCCAACAUUGCACAAAUGUGAUUUUUUUGGGGGGGGGUGUUCCCUCAUACACCCACGCUGCUUCCUUUGCGUUUUACGCUUUGACAGUUAUUAUUUCUCUAGUAAGGUGGGGUGGGGGCUGGGGGGCUGAGGUAAGCGCACCAUUCCUGUCAGCCCUGGGGAGUGUGUGUGCAUGCGUGGGUGAAGGGAAAAGCUGUUGCCCACGCUAAGUCAGGCCGGCGCCGCUCAAGCAAAAACGUUCUUUUCCCUGUGUGAGGGAAUAUGAGGCAGAGGCGGCUAUUUACCUUUCCAUGGCUCAUACCCUGUAGCUAACAAGAGUGCAGAAUUGUUUCAGAGUGCAGCCGCCCAGACACUCCCCACUUCCUCUGGUGGGGAGCACCGCCGCCACAGACACUGGCAGGUGUCGCUCCCGAGGCACCUCCGAGCCUCUGCCGCCGCAACUGCCCUUCCUGAGGUACGUUGCCGGCAGCUCCAUGGUGGAAAUCUGAACUGUGGCUCCUUUUCCCUCUUCCCCACCCCCCACCCCAGAAGAAAAGAUUGCUGCGUGUGCGUAACGGACAGAGAAGGGGCUUGUCUCGAGCAGCCGCCUGCCUCACUUUUGACCCCCAAGCCUGGCUGAGUCACAAAAACCAUCGUGCACACGCUAUGCUGGCUGCCUGAAUUCCUGGACUGUCUGCGGGCCAGAUCUAGAAGGCAAUUGGGCCUGAUCCGGCCCACGGGCCGUAGUUUGCCGACCCAUGUUCUAGUCCAACCCCCUGCAAUGCAGGAAUCUCAGCUAAAGCAUCCAUGACAGAUGACCAUCCAACCUCUACAUAAAAAACCUCCAGUGAAGGGGAGUCCACACCUUCUGAGGAAGUCUGUUCCACUGUUAGGUUAUAGCUGUGGUCUGUAGUAUCAGAAAGUAAAUCAUGAGAUUGUUAGCUCCCACGAGAACAGGUGACCCCAAUCUGUUUCCUCGGCGAUGAUGCCAUUGAGUUAGGUGUUGCAUUUAAUCAGAACUUUGUCCUUCAUAUUUCAGCAUCAUGCCAAUUAUUCAAUGGUUUGAGAGUACAGAAUGACUGAUUGAGUCUGCUUUUCAAAUGACAGAAGAGGUGGAAAGGGUUAGACUGGAGACAUUUGAAGGAACGAGAAUGAGAUGCAAUUGCUCUGCUUUGCACCAGAAUAAUAGGAUUCAUCCAAACCAUAAUAUGUGUAACCCUACCAAGUGGUGCUUCAGCUAGAAAUAGAUAUGCCAUAAUGAUUAAAUCUCAUCAGUGCCAAGCAGCAUAGUUGUACUACUGAGAAACUGUAUCAGGGAAUGGGCAAAAAACAGUCCAGUGUUGAUAAUGAUGGUGGCACUCGUGAGCUGAAAAUCCACUAAAAGCCACAAAUUCUUCAAAUUUAGGGUAGGUGAAAUUUGGGGAGCUCCUGGAUUUUCAUAGGCACAAAAUAAUUGUGUUUCAUUUUAAACUAAACCCUCCACCACCACCCAAUAGAAGCACAACUUUGAGAAAAGGCAUAUGGAUUAUGCACAGCACAAAAAUUAGUAACAAUAUGAUACUCUGGACCAGAGUUUCAUUCAAGCGAGGGUUUACCAAUGCUGAGUUCCAGGAUUUAUUGUCCAUGCUGGAGCAUUAUUCAUAUGAAAUAACCACAAAGUGUGCCUCAGGGCAUGUGCAAAGUGUGUUCCUUUCACCACAAGAAGAUUGGAUAAAAGGUUUUUAAUACAAAGGCCUGACUUCUCAUAAAACUUAAAUAACAGCAUUUCUUAUUUUAGAAAUUAAGAUCUAGAUCCAUUGGAAAUGCAUUCUGAAUAAUGAGGAUUCUUACUAAGGUUCUGCUUCUGAGCAGACUCUCGCUGUAAUUGAUCAGAGUUUCCCCUAGGUCAUAAUUAAGGGCUUUUAAAUAAGGCCAUAAUUUAAAUGACGUGGGGGGGCUAUAACUCUUGCAAAAGGUCACAUGCUCAAUCCCCGGCAUCUCCAGGUAGGGCUGGGGAGACGCUGUCAUUUGCUGUCAGUAAACGAUACUGAGUUAGAUGGACCCGUAUUCCUAACCCUGAACCUUUCAAGUAAACUCAUUUAAUCCCCAUUUGUACCAGUCAGAUAAUUAUUAUCACUAUUGUUUCCAUUCUGUUUCCAGUUCAGAAAUGCUGGUCAAGGAGGUCUUUGUAACCAAGCCAUCAUGCUGAUCACUGAUGGAGCUAUGGAAGAUUACGAAUAUGUCUUUGAAAAGUUCAACUGGCCCGAUCGUAAGGUUUGUUUCCUAAGUGCUGAAUGUUAAAGAGUAAAGAGGACAGAUUGGUGUGGAAUGAAUCAGGAGCUGCUAACCAGGUACUGAGUAGCACAUGGUGUUAACCAGCAAUGCAAUUCUAUACAUGUAGGCCCCACUGAAUUUGAUGGGAGUUAUUCCUGGGUAAGUGAUAAUAAAUCAAGGGUGGGGAAGCUUUUUCAUCCCGAGGGCUGCAUUUUUCUGGGCAACCUUCCAAGAGCCACAUGCCAAUGAUGGGUGGCACUAGAGGCUAAAAUGGGUGGAGCACCAAAUGUAAAUUUUACCUUUGUGCAGGGAGCUAGUUUCUAUACACAUCCACACACUGUUCCGUAUUCUCCAUCCAGGCAGUCAAGAGUUCAAGGACACAUUCCAGCCAGGUGAAAGUGCUCAGGGUGUAAAGUAGGACCAGUGAGGGGAAUGGCAUGAGAAGAGUUCUAAGAACAUGGCAAAAGGCGCUUUCCCAGAGCCUGAGGUUUCAGGCCCCUGUAGUAAACAAUAGUAACAAUAUUAUUACAACUACUGCUUAUAAAAAUUAGAGUAGUAAAGUAGAAAGUGCUCAGUGUCUAUGAACAGUAUCCAAGUAACAUGUCCCAUCAGCUCAAGGAUUUCUGCUGGUGCAGAGGAACUUCCUUGCCCUCUUCUCCACCGACUUUUCCUCCCUAAACCUGUUCCAGAGCGUCCAAUAUUAUUAUAUUUUGGGGGGGUGCGCCGGAGUAGAUUAGGGUGGAGUUCCAUUGUGCAAGUGGAAAUCUUUGCACUGGCAAGAUGUGUUAGUUGGAUAACAUCCUAUAACUGGGGGGGGGGGGCGGGAUUCAUUACUUUAACAUUUCAAAAUAGUCUGAGCAUUGGGUUUGUCCAGGGGUCAGCAAACUUUUUCAGCAGGGGGCCGGUCCACUGUCCCUCAGACCUUGUAGGGGGCCAGACAAAUUCCUAUGCCCCACAAAUAAUCCAGAGAUGCAUUUUAAAUAAAAGCACACAUUCUACUCAUGUAAAAACACCAGGCAGGCCUCACAAAUAACUCAGAGAUGCAUUUUAAAUAAAAGCACACAUUCUACGCAUGUAAAAACAUGCUGAUUCCCGAACCAUCCACAGGCCAGAUUUAGAAGGCAAUUGGGCUGGAUCCGGCCCCUGGCCCUUAGUGUGCCUACCCAUGGGUUUGUCACUUGUGACAUCACUUACAACUGUUUUCUAAAUAGCAAACUCUAGUAUGUGGGUAUAAUAGCAUUUCACAGCAAGGCUGCAUUAUUGUUUGGUGGGAAAAUAUGAUACUCCUUCAACUGAUGUAUUUGUUGGUAGAAGGAUGUUAAGAUCUCCCAUAAGUACUGCUUACCUUUGCUUUUUACCCUUGAUCUUUCCAAAAUAGGUCUAAAAUGAUAUUUUUACUAGCAGGAACUCUUUUUCACAUACUUUUACCAAGAGAACUCUAUUGCAUAAUGUCAGUAUACAAAACGUACAAUACUGCAUAUCUUUCCCAUUCCACCUUACAGCUGUGAGAUCUAGAAAAGGUAUUUCUACUGAAUGUCAGACAAAUAGGCUAUUUUACAUUUAAUUCCAAUGUCUGCAUUUUUGCUUCACAGGUACGGGUUUUUACAUAUCUUAUCGGGAGGGAAGUCAGCUUUGCACAGAAUGUGAAAUGGAUAGCAUGUAACAACAAAGGUAAAUAACAUCCUUUGCUGCAAGUCAUUUAUCAUAAGCAAACUGCAGCCAUCCAUUCUUAGACCUUGGCCUUUGUAUAACCUACAAGCCUAGUUUGAGUCUGAAAAGCUCCAAAGCUGCUGCAGUAGACAGAAUGGAUUCCUAGAUAUGUCUGCUACUUAGCCUGUGUUGCCAAGUGCCUUAGAAUUGUGAGAAGGAUUGAGUCGGAUAUAAAGGGGGGGCUGGGAUUUUUUGCUUCUUAAAUUGUACUCAACUUAGAUACUGUAUAGAGUUUGGCUAGGAUAUAUGGGAUGAAGGACCUUAGGAGGCAUGGGGUAAAGCAAGAAUGGAGGACCUGUGACCCUCCAGAUUAUGUUGGAUUUGAACUUUUACCAGCCUGAACCAGCAUGGUCCAAGAUCAGGGGUGCUGGGAAUUGUAAGUCCAACAACAGCUGAAGGAUCACAAAUUCCCCAUUACUAGGAUUAAGAAUGAUAGAGGUAAGAACACAAAGGGGCAUCUUCAGAUUGGUAACUUUUGAUGCAAUCAAACAUGAAGUUGUACCUAUUUCAAUUUAUUCUAAAAAUGCAUGUCCUUCCCUUCAUUGGAUUUUCUGGAAUGUCCUCCAGCUUGUGCUAGACUUCAGUGCACGCAUGCAAAUAGGAUUUUGCCAUGUUUUUACAUAGUAAAACCUGUUUUGGAGUCUGAAGCAAUGACUCCAAACUCCAAUCAGUAGAAUACAGAUUCAGAAAUGGAAUUCAAGGAAGCUAACUCUCUUAUUGGGGGCGGGAAUACUUAUUAUUUGUGUUAGGGUACUACACACAGAUAUCAACUUUGGCUGACGUCCAGGAGAAUGUAAUGGAAUACUUGCAUGUACUCAGUCGACCAAUGGUUAUCAACCACGAUCAUGACAUCAUAUGGACUGAAGCCUACAUGGACAGUGCGGUAAGUGUUUUGAGAAAAGCUUUAAGGUGGGUGAGAGACAAAGGUCACUUAGAGUUGUUUUCUGAAUUAUUAUUAUUAUUUAUUAAAUUUAUAUACCACCCUUCAUCCAAAGAUCACAGGGCAGUUUACAACAUAAAAUACAUAUAUAAGUUGGAAGUAGUUAGCAGCAGCAGCUGAUUAUUAUCAGUACUGCCUUUUGAAAAGGUUCUACAGAUGUCAUUUAGCUGCUUUUUGCUUCUAUGUGAUAUCCUUGGAAUUCCAUGGUGAUCCAGGCAUAGCAUGACUUACAUCAGGAAUGGAGAACUGAAUCUGGUGAAUGGGUCAGAUCCCAAUGUCCCUCACCCUGCAUGGGCCAGGUUUGACAAGUGAGCAGAGCUGUACAUCUGCCGAUCAACUGAUUUCACAAUUUUUUGCCUUCUCAGUUCAUUCUUUGCAAGCUUUGAUUAUCAGGUUGGGGCUUGCAAAGCACUGUGCAUGGUGUUUUGUAGGCACUGCUGACCUGUGGUGGCUGCAAACCCCCUUUUGGCUCAGAAAGGAUCCAGUAGUCUGCUAUAAUUAAUCUUUUAACACAUAUUUACCUGCCCCACAACUGACAUCAUAUGAGAUCAGGUGGAGGGUAGCUAGGCAUUACUUGUGUGAAGCUAGGCUUCACAGGCCACAUGGGGCUAAUUAAGUCUGUGGGCUGGAGGUCCCCCACCCCUGACUUAAGUGGUAUCUCUGUCCUCUGUGAACUCUGCAGAGACACUUUAUAAAAGAUUAUCAACAGGAAAAGAGAUUAGCUUUUCAGCUCAGGAAAUGGGUCACUCAGCCUCCAGCCCAGUGGGGCUUCAGUGCUGUAGUCUGUUAUCUGUCACACAGAGGAGCUGACAUACAUUAAGGUGUCAAGUAUUGUCCUUAAUGACUUAGUCCAAGAUCCAAAGCAAGGCUAAGUUUGAGGAGUAGAGGAACAACACAUAGAAACAGAGAUUCGUUUUUUGCUUUGCUGCAAGUUUCUGCUACCAAAGAGACAAUCUGGCCCUGUAAUUGAAUAGUACCUUGUCUCUUUGGCAGUGGGGACUUCUGUGACCAAAAAGUAGAGUUCCCACUCAAAUUUUGCACAAAAAGAAAUUCAGGAUGCAUUUAGAGGUUUCUCCUCAGGAGUGAGGCCCUUGAGCUGUAAAGGAUUCCCCAUCACUGAUAUAUUUGUGCUGCUUGGCCAUAAGGAUAUGCCUGCUGAUGCAAAGUGUGUGCCAUAACACUUUAGUGUGAACCCCACUAAGAGAUCAGAGUUGAUGUUCUUCUUGGUGGCCACUGGAAAACAAAAAAGAUGAUGUGGCCACGUUUAUGUGCUUUGUACAUGUUGCCUCAAUUCCUAUAUAAGGCAUCUGCUUACAGUGUCCUUGAACAGUUGCCAGGUCCCCAGUGCCACACUAGGCCUCAAUAUAGAUCCUCUACUUUUUCCUCCCCAGCCCACUGCUCAGAGCUGUACCACCUUGCUCAUGUAUUACAAUCCCAUGGAGUAGUGCUAUAGUGGAAGCAUUGUGGGGAAUGAAGGGCUAAAGUAGAUGUGAUAUUAAAUGCAUUUAGCAUGCUAGCUUUCAGAAAAGAACAUAUCUUCUUGGAACAGGGUGAUAUCUAUCAGGAUCACAGCAGCUGGGAAUGGAACACUUAACCCCUUCCUCCCCUGCUGCAGUCAGAAUCACUCCUCUGAAGGCAAUUCUCCCCCGCCCAGUGCGAAAAGCAAGGGAGGAAAGGGUGAAACUCCUCCUUCCUGCCCACUGUGAUCCUGAUAAUUAUCUGACCCCUCAGUAGCUGAUUCUUGAAUUAAAUACUUAAAAUGCACAUUAAAUACAAAAAUGCAUAUACUAUCAGGUCUAGAUUGGCCCAGAAAUUAUGACUAAAGACAGGUGUCUGACACUAGUUGGAGCACAUCUUCAUGUGCUGCUGCUGUCCACACAUGCCCACAAUUGCCAGAUGGGCCCACCACUGGAGGAGGGGAGGAGGCCAACUAGAGGGCACAGGGUCCCUGUUAAACACAGAGCUGUCACUAAAAAGGUGCAUAGCUAUUUAUUCUCUAAUGUGAGAUUGGACAUGAAGUUUUCGUAGUAGUUUGUUUUGCCAAGCCUACUGUAUGCUGGAAGUUGUCAGCUGUGCAACUUGCAUUGUGUUUUAUCAGUCUUUGCUUUGGACUGUUUCAGAAUGGUUUUGCUCCUGGGUUAUUAGUUUGCUCCUCUUACAUUUCUUGCUUGCAUUUGUCUCUGCUGCUUACUGUAUGUAUCAUUAGUUUGUGUGUUCAUUUGUUUGUCCAUUCAUUAAUGUGUACAUUCAUUUGUCACCCACAUCUCUUGCUAGCUGCCACAAUCUGAGGAGGUAACAAUCUGCCUUGUGUUCUGUGAACACCAACUAUUUCUCUGGGUGUCAUUAGUACAUGUUCUGUACUAGUUUAUCUAGCUGUAACUAAACCAUACAUCCACGGUGGGGAAAAGUUGGCUGUACAGCAGCGAUAGAGCUGUACAGCAUGGGAAGGAUAGCUCUGGAUGUAUUUGUGAGGUUGUGAUGUGCUGUUGUAGAGUAGAACUUCAGAGCAUGGCCCAUGGGCUGGAAGUCUCUGGUACAAAUCUCCACUCAACUACAAGCUCACCGGACAGCCUUGCACAAGUCAUCUAUAUUAAGACUGUCCCACCUUAAAAUAGCAGAGUCAGGAUUACACGGAUAAUGUAUGUGAGGUGAUGUGAAUACUUAAAAAAGGCUCUCCAUAGGUCUGAGAAACAUUGAUUGUUUGAGAUUAUGUACAGGAAGUCUCUUUAUUUCAUUUCAUUCAUUUCAUUUCAUUUCUGAUAUAUACUAUACAUGCACACACUAUAUCUAUCUAUCAUCUAUCUAUCUAUAGUGUGUAUGUAUAUAUAUAGAUAGUUUGUGUCUAUAUAUAUACACACACCUACACACACACACAUAUAUACAUAUACCAUCUACUGCAGCAUGUUUAAACUAUGCUUAUUUCUGCUGCAUAAUUUUUCCAAAAUAGAUGUCAGCCAACUGAUUAAAAAAUUCCAGCAUUUGGUUUAUCUGGCUGCUGUUUUGAUUGGUUGGCUCUCAAGGACCCCCAUGCUGUGAAAUGGUGAUAAUAGACCACUUCUUGACUUUGCUAAAGGGGAACAGCUGUACCAGGCCAAAUGGGUUGCUUCACCUGAGAAUAGAUACUACAUGUGUGUCUGUGUUUUAUUUGUGAUGUCUGUGUUUAGUGUUUUAUACUGUAAUCAUUUCAUGCGCACGCACCCUACAUUAUCUGUUUCAACCUUCCAAUUAUCCAAAUUCACUGUCUUCUCUAUAGUGCCAUGUCAGUCUAUCCUUAUGCGAUCGCCAUUCUGAGGUUCUGGUAUUCCAAAUGUAAAUGGGUAGGCCCUCUGUGCUCUGCUUCUCUCCCCUGGUUUCCAUGUAUCCCCAUGGUAUCCCCUGCAUUCAUUUAUCUAUGUCUUUUUAGAAUACAUUGUAUAUAUUGUUCAUGCACCUAUGAUUAUGAUUAUCAUGUGCUUUGGCUAUGUUUUUGUGCCUCAGGCGAUGCCAUGUUAACCUGGACAUGCAUAAGCGUCGUCACUAGUAAAUAUUAUAUUCCACUGUUUUGGAUACUCCCUGCCAUCUUUGAUAAGGCACCUUUUUCACCCUCCUCUAAAUGGACCAUUUUUCUAGCAUCCUUUAGGCUUUUUUUUUUUUUUUAAGGGUGCUUUUCAGUACACUUUUUCUGCUGCAUUUCCAUUGGUGGCUGAUUCCCCUUAUGCUCUUACUGCUGUUCCACUUGCUAAUAUGCUGCUUGUUUUCUAUCUGAUAGCUCUUUGCAUCUCAAGCUCAAAGCCUCUUGCUUAUGACAACGGUAGCCAUGCCAGUUUUCAGCAAGAAGAAUGAAACGGUAAGCAUGAUGCUCUCAGGAAGAUACUUCUCAGUGUGAAAGCAGAGAGAAGGCUAAUGCAAUGGCAGAUCUUCAUAAUAUGCAGUCCUGUGUGAGGCUUUUUGUCACCCUCCCUGCAGCCCUCGUGGCAAUGGCUUAAGCUGAGCUUUGGGAAGGAGGCAUGAGGCUCUGGUGGGGUGCUGGAGCCCUCCUAUCCCCUUCCAAAAGCUCAGUAAGUUCUUGCCUGGCUUUGGGAAGGAGGUAGGAGGACCCCCUUACUGAAGCCAGGCAAGCACUUACUAGGCUUCGAGAAGACACCCUCCUUGGGUGUGUGUGCACCUGGUGCGACUGAACAGCUCGCACUACCCUGAAUCCACCUUUGGCUAAUGUUGUGAUUUGCAAAAGUGAAACUAUAUAAAGGAUAAGUAAGUCUUCUGACUCCCUUGGACCAGUGGGCACAUUCUGAAUUUUGAGAAAGUACAAGGAGCACCAGUCACAAUAUGGCUGCCACAGGGUAUGUGUUGGUAGGUAGAUCUUGGACUUAUUGUGUAAAAAAAAAAGUGGAACCAACAAACCUGAAGUUUGCUGUUCCGUGCUCUAGAUGACUUUCGUUAUCCAGGGCAGAUGGUGCAAUGCGGAGAGCAAUGUCCUCCUCCUCACCUUAGCAGAAUAGGAUUUUCUUACAGUGUAUGUGGGACUUACAUGUGGGUAAGUGGGCCCAAGAUUAUACUGCAAUGCUGCAAUUCUAUGUACGCUUACCUAGGACUAUGCCACAUUGAACAGUGGAACUUAAGUCUAACUAAACAAGCACAGGGCUUGUGCUGUCAGUAAAAUAAAUAAGUAUCUGUUCUAAUAUGGGGACCAGAAAGAUAUUUGCUACGAGAUGUUUCAGUGGUUGCUACCAUGACUUUUUAAAUUGAAAGAAUGAAAUCUCAUUGUUCAGAGGCAGUAUAACUCUGACUAGUUGAUCAACAAUGAGAUGGCUAUUCCCUUUUUUGCUUGUUCUCAGGGGUAUUGCACUGGUGCACUAAACUCUGUCCAUUGACCAGCAGUCUUGUUGGUUAAGAGAACAGAAAUCUAAAAAUCAAAACAAAUGAGAAGUUGGAUGGAAACAAAUUUUCUUUGGUGGAAAUGGGCAAGAGAGGAAGCAGCAAAGCUAUAUAGGUAACUUAGGAGGUUGCCAUAUACCUUGUCAGACUAUUUGCCCAUCUAGUAUUGUCUACUUUGACUGGUUGCAACUGUCCAGGGUCUUGGACAGAGAGGUAUUUCCCAUUACCUGAUGCCUGAUCUUUCUGAGUGAAGAUGCCAAGUAUUGAACCUGAGACCUUCUGCAAGUGUGGUACCACUGAGCUGUUGUUCCUGCUGCAUUUGCAACUCUCAUCCACCUGGUCUUCUGCAUUAUACCAUAGGGAGUUUACUGGUUAAUCCAGUCUGCCCUUCAUUGUUUCAUCACCACGGUCUGUAUGCUUUGUCACACAAAUGAACAGCAACUCUGCAAGACCAGAUGGUGGGGAUGGGGGAAAUGAUAAUUAACCCAAGGAGAAUGGAGUAGCAUGUUGUCAAUUUUAAUUUCUUCUUAUUUUACAGAGAUCUCAUGGCAUUCUCCUGGGUGUGGUAGGCUCAGAUGUUCCUUUGAGAGAACUCCUUAAGCUGGCUCCACGAUACAAGGUAAGAAUCAAGCUAAUACAGUCCAGCUGUUGUCACACAGUUUUGGCAGUCUCAGAAGAAUGUCCUGAUAUUGAUAACAAAGCCACCCUACGGAGUACUGCAUCUGUUCACAGGCAGCGCUGCCACAAGUUGUUGAGACGGUCACUAGUUUAGAUAGAUUAGGAAAAUUCAUGGAGAUUAACUCUGUCAAAAGCUAUUAGCUGUUACAAGUAGGACCUGCAACAAAAUGUUUUAGUUGGAGUGUUCCUUUUUGCUGUUCCUGUCAGUUAGUGAUGAUUUGAUAAUUCACCAUUCCAUACUCUCUCCCACCCAUUUCUCUCUUUCCCACCCCAACAAUCAGUCAACAUUCCAGGCCACUGAGUACAUUCAGUCUUCACUAGAUUGCAUUUGUUGUUUUGCGGGAAUAGAAUCAAUGUUAUUUUCUAAAAAAUUUUUUACUUCUGCAGACCUUGGAGUUAUCCUAAUCCUUUUGAAACCUCCCUCUUAUGCAUGGACUAUUCCAUUUUUGCUACAUAAGGACCAACACUUGGAGAACUGAAAGUGCUGUUGGUAUUGUUAUGAAAUUGGGGUGGUCAAGAUGGCCUCUUGGAGUCCCUUCCAACUUAGUGAUUCUAAGUUGUAGAUUCCCUGAGGCAUAUCUGGAUGGAGAUUUGGACUUAUGAAUAGUUAUGGAAAAACUGCUGAGCACCCAGCAACUAUUCUGGGUCCCUUCUCCCCUAAAGAAUGCAGUGAUCCAGGUCUGUAUUGGAAAAAAGAGCAGACAGUGUCAGGCUGAGAGCAAGUCACACUCUUUUCACUCCCCUGCUUCCCUGAAAUCUAAUUGCAGAGCAGUGAGCUUUUGGAACAUCAGUUGGGGUGUUUAAGUUUUGAAUCUCCAUCGUUGCUUGACAUGUAUAUUUGUAAAUAAAUGCAGAAAGUACAGAAUGCCAUAUGUCCCCUGUAACCUCCGUCCAAAAGAAGCCCAAACUAGAUACAUGGUAGAACUUGUGGAAAUUCUUAACUAAGAACUAAGAACUGGGGUGCACAUAAUUUGUUGUUGGCAUCUGGCUGUCUCGAGAGGCAAUAGAGUGCACCUCCAGGGGUUAAGUCAAAUUGCUGCAUUAUCAGCACUGAAGUGACCUCCCUAGGAGGGCAUAAUAGUACAUAAAUGGAACCUCUGUGCACAGAGACAAUAUAACCCUGAACCCAAGGACCAAGAGCUAGCAAUGGAUAGUUCAUGCCUUGCUUAAAGGUAAAGGGACCCCUGACCAUUAGGUCCAGUCGUGGCCGACUCAGGUUGCGGCGCUCAUCUCGCUUUAUUGGCCGAGGGAGCCAGCGUACAGCUUCUGGGUCAUGUGGCCAGCAUGACUAAGCUGCUUCUGGUGAACCAGAGCAAUGCACGGAAACGCCGUUUACCUUCCCACCGGAGCGGUACCUAUUUAUCUACUUGCACUUUGAAGUGCUUUUGAACUGCUAGGUUGGCAGGAGCAGGGACCAAGCAACGGAAGCUCACCCCGUCGCGGGGAUUUGAACCGCCAACCUUCUGAUUGGCAAGUCCUAGGCUCUGUGGUUUAACCCACAGCACCACCCGUGUCCCUGUAUGCCUUGCUUAAGAGCUCCUUACUGAUAUCUGACUGGUCAUUGUUGGAAACAGACUGCUGGGCUACAUGGACUUUCACCUGAUUCUUAAAGGCAGUUCUUCCAUUCUUGGGUUACACUAUUCUGGGAACACUAAAUAACUGAAUGAGGGACCUGGUAGGAAAUGAAGGUAGUUACUAACUUAAAUCCUUUUCAGUAAAAUAAGGAUAAGUAGCGACCUUUUUUCCUGCUCCCUGCCACCAUUUAUAGCAGGGGUGUGAAACCUGUGGUCUUUGGUCUAAUAUUAUGUAGCAAGGAAGGGGGGAAAGAGAUGGCAGAGGCAAAGAGAGAAGAAAGGGAAUGCCUGUCCCUGUCUGGCCCCACCCACUACUGGUAUCUGGCCCCUAACAGAUUACUUCUUAGGGAAUGUGGCCCUCUACAGAGAAAAUGUUCCCUGCUCCUACAGUAUUUUAUAGUACAGAAGGUCUUCAACUAUCAGAUGAAAAUAUCAGUUCUGUAUCUAAAGACAUUUUUUAAGGGCUUGGUUUGUGUGUCAGUCUAAAUGUGUGCAACUCCUGUGUAAUUGAAGUAGAAAAUAUGGUGCAACCCCAGAGAUUCAUUUGUGCAUGAAUAUGUGAGUGAGUGCAUACUUGCAUGUACCUGAUACUUCAUCACACUCUUUUGACAUAUUGUAAGAACAUUAAAGUAUUUGGGGACUGAAACAGGAUAUGAUUGAAUUGCCAGGUGAAAUUUAAUGCAUUCAGUUCUGUUUAUGGUUCCCUGGAGGACCAUAGCUUAGCAGCAGAGCACAUGUUUUGCAUGCAGAUUCAGUUCCUGGCACCCUCCAGUUUCUUUGAAAAACAAAAACAAAAGCAGGUUGUGCGUGAUGGGGAACACACCUGCCUGAGACUGCAGAGAGCCACUGCCAGUAAACCUAGAUAACACUGGGCUACAUGAACAGAUAACCUGACCGGGUGUAAGGCAGCUUCCCAUGUUCCUAAUCGAUGCAUUUCCAAAUUUUGCCUGGUUCCAUUACUUUCACUGUCAGUUCAUCAAUAUUAUCCAUGCAUUUCUUCAGUUAAAGGCCUUGGAUGUUGUCAUGCAUAAGUACUUCACUCAUGCCGACACUGCAUCAGGGGCUUGGAUGUUAAUGAAGUUAAUUGUUAUCAUACUUUUGGUUUAAAGCUGGGUGUCCAUGGAUAUGCCUUUCUGAACACGAACAAUGGCUACAUUUUGUCUCACCCAGACCUCCGGCCAUUGGUAAGUGACCCAGAAACACCAAGACCUGGUUCACGUGAUCCAGUGCAAAGUGAUAUCAUCCCAAACGCACCAUUUUUAGCUUUGGGACUACUGUGCUACAACUAUAAUUCCUUGCUAUCUCGGAGUUCACGUUUGGAACGUGAGAGUGGUGGCUGUCUAUUCAAAUAAAAGUAACUGCACAAAAUGGCAUGUUUACAAUGGGGAGGAAAAAAAAUCUUAUCUCCCAUCAUUAGUGAUGUCAUGAGUACCAGCCAGUGGGUACCCAUGAACAUAUAGCCACAUUCCACACUGCAUUCAUAAUUGAUUUAUUUUAUUUUGAAGCUCUGUACCCUGCCUUUCAUUCCAAUGGUUCUCGAGGCAUCUUGCAACAGGUUGUAAUAAUAAUAAUAAUAAUAAUAAUAAUAAUAAUACUCUGGGCAGCUCCAACAAGAAUAUUAAACAGAAUAAAACUUCAGACAUUAAAAAUGUCCCUAAACGGGGCUGCCUUGAGAUGACUUCUAAAAGUCAGAUAGUUGUUUAUUUCCUUGACAUCUGGUGGGAGGGCAUUCCACAGGGUGGGCACCACCACCAAGAAGGCCCUCUGCCUGGUUCCCUGUAACCUCACUUCUCACAGUGAGAGGACUGCCAGAAGGUGGUUAAUAAUAAUAAUAAUAAUAAUAAUAAUAAUAAUAAUAAUAAUAAUUUAAUAGGACAACCUCAAACUCAUACACACAAACACCAAAGCUCAGUCCUCUGACUGAUCAAUGAGACCAAAUUAUGCUUCCUUCCUGCUCUGAAACCUCAGGGCAACUAGCAUUUUGAGUCAAGUGUUCUUUUUGUCAAGGAGGGGAGGAAGCAAUCUUCCUGCAACUGCUCCUUCUCUGGACAGUAAAUGGGGCCAGAUAGGGAUGGACAGGUCAGUCUAUUUCUGGCCCAUGUCAGUUUUACAUGUGUUCAUUUGCAGUAAGCCCACAAUUUAAACAGGGCUUACAUUCCGGAGAUUGUGCCUAAAGUCAAAAUUGUGUAUAGUCAAAAUACAUAGUGUUCAAUCCCACAUAGGGUGGGGUUGCCAAAGUCAUUUUCCCCAGAACCUUGCCCUCCCCCCACAACCAGUGUAAAGCUGAAUGUGCACAAGUUAAAUGUGCAUAAAUUGUGGGCUUACUGUAUAAGUCUGUUUGAACAUCUUCUUCUUCUCCUCCUUAUUAUUAUUACUGCAGAAAGUUUCACAUUUUUUGAUAAUUUAGCUCAAAAUAUACAUCUGUAUAUGCAUUUCAACCUAAAACAGUCCAUAUUUUAAUAUGCAUUUUGGAGAGGGGAGGGGAGACAAAAGUUAUAUUGCAAAAUUUGUAGAUGUGCAAAAACUGAAGUGCUGUUGUCUGUAUUAGUCUGGGAACUGCAAAGCAGGCUAGUUCAUUACAAAUGUGAAACAAAUGAAGUCCUUCAAGUCCUUGAACUUCUUACCUGGCAAGAAGGUGCUUCCUUUCUGCUGUUUAGCUUUAAGGGUAAUGGCUGCAUUCUAUUGGAUGAGAGUUGCAGCUUAGGGUUGUGGGGUUGUUGUGUUGUGGUUUGAAUGAUGGGCAAACUUUCCCAAAAGAUACGGGCUAGAUGGAAGAAAAAUGCCUGGGUCCUUCACACCACAUAAUUAUCUAAUCAUCUCGCAAAAAUACACCUUUUCUCUAAAACUGAAAAGAGUAUAUUUCAGGGUUGUUAAGCAGCAGAGCAAUUCAGGAAUGUUUUCUGUCUCACUUCUCAACUGCAGUAUAAAGAAGGGAAGAAGCUAAAGCCCAAACCAAACUACAACAGUGUUGAUCUUUCUGAGGUGGAAUGGGAAGAUGUGGAUGAAACUGUAAGUGUCUAAACUGGGAUUUCAGAGCAUGCUCCCCCAGCUCCCACCAAAGUGGGUUCUUAGCAGGUCACAGUAAAACUACUGGGGAAGGCUGUAGCUGAGUGGUAGGGCAUCUGAAUUGCAUGCAGAAGGUUCAAUACCUGACAUCUCCAGGUAGGCCUGGGAAUCGUCUCCGUAGGACCACUGAAGAGCUGCUUGCAGUCAAUGUAGACAAUACUGAGCUUGUUGCACCAAUGGUCUAACUUGGUAUAAGGCGGCUUCUUAUGCUCCUAUGUUCACAAAUGCCUUUGGAAAGAGGAAACCCUUUACAGUGCAUUAGAAGAAAACAAAAGAUUGGGCCAGGUGAGCCCAUUGCAGGGGCUGCAAGGUGGGGUGAUUCCAUCGCUGUGGUGCACAACAACUAAAAGGCCAGGUUUCUUUUCGUCACUAGACUAAGGGCUUCUCCACACUUACUUUCUCUGCUGUUUCCAGACAUGGUUUGCACUUUAAAGUUCCAUGUCCAAGCACCCUUUAUUUGCUCAUGAGUUUUCCCAGCGAAAACCCGCUCUUUAAAGCUCAAUCGGAGCAAAUGGCAAUCUGCAGAAAACCCAAACUGAUGUUUGCUCCGAUUGAGCCCUAAAGAGUAGGUUUUUGCAGGGAAAGCUCUGAAGCAAAAAACCCCAAUGCUUGGGCAUGGAGCUUUAAAGUGUGGACCUAUGCCUGGAAAGAGCAGGAAUGUUCUCUCUAGGGAAGUUUGCCGGGCGCCUUCAUUAUACACCUUUAGGCACCAGGAAAAAGCGUUCCUUUUUAACCAGGUCUUUGUUUGAUUUGAUUGACAUCCUAUGCCCUUUAAAAAAAAAUUGGGGGGGGGGAGUUAUUGGGUUGUUGUUUUUGUUUUGAUUAUAUAUUUUGUGGUUUUAUAUUUUGAUUUUGUUCUGUGAACUGCCCUGAGACCUCCAGGUAUAGAGCGGUAUAUUAAUUCUAAUUCUAAUAAUAAUGAUGAUGAUGAUGUGUAGAUAACCUCCGAAAGUGGUAGCAUGCAAAGGAUACCUGAAAAGAUCCGAAAUUGAGAUUUAGUUCAUAUCUUAGUAUAUUUGAGUAUAUAUUCUUGAGAAUAAGCCAGGCCAAAGUCCUUUACAUGGGUUAGAAGUUGGGUCCCUGGCCUCUCCAGUAAAAUAAUAUAUGCACUUGGUGUUAGAUUGCCACCCACAUUCAGAAUAGAGAUUUCUGGGCUAGGUAGAUCAACAGUCUUGAUAUAUAAUAAGGUACUCAUGUUAAAAUGUGUGAUCAGAGGAGUUCUUUUGGCAAAAAAGUACAUCAAGGCUUGUGUCCCCUUGCUGCCCUUCACCUGUUCACAGCAGACAACAGUGCACUUGGCAAACACAACUGCUGUUUAAAAUAUGAAUCAGCCCUGAUGGAUACAGAUCCCAUGCUUAAUUGAAGUAAUCAGAUGUUGUAAAGUGAUAAUUGCAUCCCAGGAUGACUGUGAUCAAUGAAAUUAUCUCAUCUUAACCUGCUGUCCGCUAUGCUUAGCUAAAGAUGUGCUUCUAAAAGGGGGAGAAAAGAAAAGCUUAUGUCAAAGACUCCUGCCUAUUGCAGGCCACUUUAAAGUAGAUGACCGCAGUCCUGACUGGAGGCACUAAUUCAAAUCUGUUCCCUUCUGCAGCUACGAACAGCAAUGAUCAAUGGGGAAACAGGUGACCUCUCAAUGGAUGUGAAGGUGCCUGUAGAUAAAGGGGUGAGUGUAUAAUUUCUUGUUUUGGUACCCUGCAUUUGGAACAAUUGCACAGAAUUAAAGCAAAUUCACAUAAAAUCAUAAAUCUGGCAAUAAAUGUACAGUUCAAAACAAGAAUUUUUAAAAAAUAAAUAAAUAAAAGUCACACAUUUAAACUCUUUUUUUAAAAAAUCCCUGAAGAUUUACCUAAAAUGAAUCCUAUAGCCACAGUCUUUACCAACUAACCAAAAUAUUACUGAGAAAGUUCUCCAGAAGUUAGGGGAAUAAAGAAGACUGAAUUGGGAGCAAAUAAGAUUGCAUUAUGCUCCCAGGGUUACUGGGACAAAGAAGCAACAAUGGCUGUUUUUGAAAAGUCAUGUGUCCCAGUCUACCCUGACAUGUUGCUAUGCACACCCAAAGGAGAUCUUCCAGGGCCUAUGUCUUCAAGCUUCUACGUAACAUGCCCUUCAAUCACUACACAAUAUUAUGCAGUUUGAUUUCUUUUGACUCUGUAUCUGUGCAUCACUUACAUUAAUUUCAAAAUUUGCUAAUGAAAAAUUUACCAUGGCCCUCCUUCUGUUUUCUGCCUCACAAAGGACCUGCAUAACAUUAUCACCCCAGGGAAAUGGAAGCCAUAAGAGGAAACCAUAUUCUGCUCCAGUGCAGGGCGGUCAAACUAAGUGAACUUUUGAGGGUGCUUCCAGCUUUACAUUACUUUACUAAUUAACAUAAUUUUGUUCUUUGCAAGACUUCUUUCAAAUCCUAUUUAGGAUUAUUCAGGAGGCAGAACCGCAGUUUUUUGUGAAAUUGUAUCAUUUCUUGCAAAUUUGUAUCGCUGUAGUUAUUUGUCAUGAAGCUCCCCUGGUGCAAUACAAUGUUUCAUUUCUAAUUGCCUUAUGACAUUUUGGCGGAAUCUAAUUAGUUAUCCCUUACCUACCAUCAUGCCUUUUCCUGUUAUUGCUCCUUAGAGUUUUCUGUCUUAUUAUGGAUUUUGUUUUGAAUAUUUUUUUUCAGCGGCCUGCAUGUUUCUUUUGCCCUUUUCUGCCCAUUUUAACCUUGAGAUAGACAAUAGUUGUGGGACUUGCUUAUUUCUUAAUAAACUGUAAUUUACAUUACGUAGCAUGAUUAUACUCAAUUAUUACAGGCGCAUAAAUACAGAAUAUUAUAAUUCACGAGAGCCGCUGCCCAUCAGUGUCAAAAAUACUGAGCUAAUGUUAUAGAAUCCUAGAAUUGUAGAGUUGGAAGAGACCCCAUGGGUCAUCUACUCCAACCCUCUGCAGAUGACAGAUGGCCAUCCUACCUCUACUUAAAAAUCUCCAAUGAAGGAGAGUCCACAACCUCCCCAGGGAAUCUGUUCCACUGUCAAAUAGCUCUUACUGUCAGAAAUACAUUUAGUCGGAAUCUCCUUUCUUUUAACUAGAAGCCAUUGGUUUGAGUCCUUCCCUCUGGAACAGGAAAAAUCAAGCUUGCUCCAUCUUCUGUGUGACAGCCCUUUAAAUAUUUGAAGAUGGCUGUCAUAUCUUCUCUCAGUCUCCUCAUAUCCAGGCCAAACAUACCCACAUCCCUCAAUUGUUCCUCAUCAGGCUUGGUUUCCAGACCCUUUGUCAUCUUGGAUGCCAUCCUCUGCACACAUUCCAACUUGUCAAUAUCCUUCUUAAAUUGUGGCCCCCAGAAUUGUACAUAGUAUUCCAGGUGUGGUCUGACCAAGGCAGAAUAGAGUGGCGGUACUAUUACUUCCCUUAAUCUGGGUGCCACAACAAUGAUGAACAACGGAAGGCAAGAGGUGGGUGGGUGUGCCAAAUUUUGGCAUCACACAGGGCGCUGCUGGAAUUUAAAGGCCCCAUGUCCACACACAUGCUUUUUUUCCGGGUGUGUGUGCCCUACUGCCGCCUCUGGUUAAACCUCUUGACAGAACAUUUCUCCCUGUAUUAAUAUUCUUAUGACCUGAGAUCUGCUGUAGAGGCAGUCCAUACAUUAACCAUUGUUUAAGAUACCUUCAAUUCUCCUAAAAGCCAAGUGCAGUAGUUAAAGUGUCAGACCAGGACCUGGGAGACCAGGGUUCAAAUCCUCACUCAGCCACAAAGCUCACUGGAUAACCUUGGGCCAGUUAGUGCUUCUCAGCCUAACCUUCCUCACAGGGAUGUUGUGGGGAUUAAAUGAGGAGGGGGGAGAGCAAUGUAUGCCACCUUGAGCUCAUUGGGGGGAAAUGGUGGGAUAUAAAUGUAAUAAUAAUAAUAAUAAUAAUAGACCAAUUGUCUUUACCCAGUUUUACUAGCCUUUUUAUAUCUCCUAUACAUUUUUCAUAGUGGGACGCGGGUGGCGCUGUGGGUAAAACCUCAGUGCCUAGGACUUGCCGAUCGUAUGGUCGGCAGUUCGAAUCCCCGCGGCGGGGUGAGCUCCCGUCUUUUGGUCUCAGCUCCUGCCCACAUAGCAGUUCGAAAGCACCCCUAAGUGCAAGUAGAUAAAUAGGUACCGCUUUAUAGAGGGAAGGUAAACGGCAUUUCUGUGUGCUGCGCUGGUGCUGGCUCGCCAGAGCAGCUUCGUCACGCUGGCCACGUGACCCGGAAGUGUCUUCGGACAGCGCUGGCUCCCGGCCUCUUAAGUGAGAUGAGCGCACAACCCUAGAGUCGGACAUGACUGGCCCGUACGGGCAGGGGUACCUUUACCUUUAUACAUUUUUCAUAUGUAGGUUGGCAAUGCAAUUCUUUCAGCUUUUGGAUCGGCCAUAAAUUCAAUUAGCUAACGGUAUAUUUUUCUCUUUCUCUCAGAGCACAGUGAAAAAGCGUUUUAAAGGUUAGCAAAGAAAGGUCCCAUGGGAGCUCCUUAUUCCAUGCCUUUUCUCACCUUCUUCCUUUUCCACACACACACACAUUAACUUCAGCCUUUGCUUGCCCUUGUUCUUUGCUCACAGACUUUCAGUCGACUUUCAAGUUACACAAAAUAGCUCACUUAUCCCUUAGCGUUUAUUAAUUAAAUAUUGGAAUUGAGAUUGCAAGACUCCUUUGUGUAAAUCUGUGUGCGUGAUAUAGAAUUUAUGUACUUUACCAGUUAACAUCAGUACUCAGACAAAAACAACAGGGAAAAGGAAACUGGCAGAGUGGGGAAAAUCUGAUGAAAUCAGGUUUUAUCUGUUUCUUUCAUAGGCACCCCUGCACUGUAUCAUGUCCUGCUAUAGUCGAGAGUGUCUUGUCACUUUUCGUGUCUGGCAGAAGAGUUACUCAGAAAUGCUUUUUAAAAACAAAUCUUUUAUUACUUACUCCCCGCCCCUUAAAAUAAAACUGCGGUAUAAUUUUCUCUCAGCAUUUCAAAUGGAUAUUUCUUAAUACAAAACGUUUAAUAAUGCCUAUUUUUAUCAAAGUCAUUUUUCAUUUUCUCUCAUUUCCCUACCUUUUUUUUUUUUACUGUUUUCUCUUACUUUUAAUAUAAUGUCUUCUCUUCCUGUCCUAUUUUAUCUUUGCAAUAACCUUGCGAGGUAGGAGACUAUGCUAAGAAAUACUGACCUGAACACACAAAGCAGCCCCUUGUGUGAAAGGAAGGCACUUCCACUUGCAUAAAGGGUGCGUUUCUCAUUUUGGGGUUCACCCUCACCUGGAACACAUACACAUCCCAUAUAAUGCCAGAGGAAUUACCAAGUGGCUUUUCAAGAGCUGGCAGGGGCUGCAGGAAUGAGGUGGGAAAGCCCUGUUACAAUCCUGGCAUCUACUACACUUCACAAGUGUAUCCUAAUGUGGAAUGAUUCUUGACUAGUUUUAGUGCACUAGAAUUUGUCCUUUUUAUGCUUCUGGGUGGCGGAACACUUUUAUUAUUCUUAUGCUUUAUUCUCUGUUAAUGGAUUUUAAGUGUUUGGUAAGUUCUGUGUGUUAAUAUUUUGUAAGUCGCUGUGAGGCGUUUUGUAAAAAGUGAUGGACCAAUAUGUUUUUAUGGCAGGGUAGGAAUCCCAGAGGAAAAUAUUUAAAGUGACCCAAAUGCAAUAAAAGGAAUAAGAAUCGGACACACAGAGGGAAGCCUUGAAUCUUUCACUGUUAUAAGUUGAGGUGGGCAUUUUCCUUCCCCUGCUCUGCAGGCUGAACAUAGGGAAGCCACCUGAUUCUGGGCAGCCAACACACAAACCUUCAGGGCUGUUGGGCUGUCCAUGCUUGGCCAGUUAAUGAAGUCAGCCAAGAUAUUUUUUAAAUGCUCAGCUGGCAGCCAGCAAUCUAUCUUUGUGAUGCAUGGACAGUUCUGCCUCGAUCCCCCUCAGUGCCUGCUGUCAUUGUGCCAGAUGGAUUUCCAGUACACUGAGGAUUAGUGCUUAACGGGCAGGAGGAGGGGCAAUGGUGGAGAGAGAGGAGAGAGAGACAGUCUCAUGUGACCGCAGUGAUAGUGGAAGUGAGCUACAAGGACAGAGACACUGAUCCUGCUGCUCUGCUACCUUCUCUCCCAUGUCUCCAGUCCCUUUGGUAACUCCAUCUAGCCCAUCUGUUGAGUUAUGGCAGGUCUGGCACAGAUAAGGCUCUUUGGAGGGUUUUGCAACACUUGAGGUGUACUGAAGCAGGGCUGGAGCAAUCUGCCCACUGAUUUUGCUGUCAGUGGUCUUUGCAUUCUAAUCCUGUCCGCCUCCAGCACAUAUUGUGUCACUAGUGUGCACCUGCAAGAGAAGUCUGAGCAAGCUGGCAACAGGUUUGAGACCUCACUGUCACAGAUAAUCCUACUUGGAAAGGGCCCCCCUGUGAGUUAGCAAAGGGGCAAGCAUUUGAUGCAGGGCUGCUUAAUUGGAGGUCUGAGGACUUCCCAUGGCAGUUGGUGUGGAUGCCUCUAGUCCUGGAGCAAGGUUAUAUGGAUUUAAUAACUCAUCAGAGUCACUGCUGCAAUGAGAUCUACUGGGAGGAUUCUGCUUCUCUCCCAAAGUAGAUCUUAAGUCUCAUGAACUAAACUGUCACAAUCCCUUCAAUGUACUUUAUUUUUUUCUGUCCUGAAUCUUCCAACUUUCAGCAAUUCUAGUGGUGUGACAGUGGGAGGAGUGCUUCUCAGAUGCUACCUGCUGCGACCUGUUGGUGCAUCACCUAAAAAAAAGCGAAAUAUGUUUGUGUUUUUCUUCAAAUACUAUUCAGUUGUUGUUGUUUUUCAAUUCAGGUAUACCAAAUUAAUUAAUCACUUCUAAUCCAUAUGAUUUAAGUUUUCUUUAACCAGGGGGUUGUCCUUGUCUUGAGAUUUUUUAAUGCAUGUAUGGAGUGACUCCUGUCUGGUGUUCCAAAAAAGCAACACCCAAGAAAAUAAUCCUGCUUCUGAAUUCCUCCAAUAAGAAGACAACACUCUUUAGGUGAUGGAGCAGGACCUUUGGAGAGAUCCUGCCUAUCCUUGUUGAAAUGCAGCCGCUAUUUGGACAUGACCAGUGGUCACAUUUAAGAGACAAAACUACACUUCUGGUUGUGAUUUCUCUCUCUCUCUUCUUUUCCAGAAACGGGUUCUCUUCCUCACUAACGACUAUUUCUUUACUGAUAUCAGCGGCACACCCUUUAGGUGAGUGGGCUGGUCCUUUAGAGCAAGGGUUGGAAACAUGUAGCUUUCCAGAUGUUGCUGCACUGCAACUCCCACUGUCCCUGACCACUGGCUAUGCCCAUGGGGGUUGAUACAACCACAUUUGGAGGGUCCCCGGAUUCCCACCUCUGAUUUAUACUAAUUUAAUAACUUUAAAAAGUGACUAUAACUUACCUCUGCACCUCUGGAAUAAAAGAAAAGGUCAUCUAAAAUGCAGCACUUGAUAUCUGGGUGGACUUCAGCUACAGCACAUCUCAUUUUUUUUUUUAAAAAAGCAUUGUCCAUGUUUAUAUGGGCUAGCAGGUAGGAGACAUCCGCACAGUCAGACUACUUGCCUUGGCUCACUUGUGGAGACAUCUAGGUUGCUUUUAAUUAAGCACAUGGUAGUCACAAUAGUGAGGCUAAUGUGAGGAAGACCUGCUUUAGGACUAAAUUACAUGUUCAGAUAUAUCAUGUACUAUAGCCCUUCCUGGACUAUACCAAAUAGAGGUGGAAGAUAACAUGCUGUCCCUGUACUAAAAAUGAAAGCCUGGGCCUCAGAGAGAAGAUGGGGUAGAACACUUCAUAUAUUUCAAUGAACAGCAGGACUUUGAUAAAGGAGAACAUAAAUACAUACAUCCAACUCUGAUUGCAGUCAAACUGGUAUCAUCCACACACCAGAGGGAGGCAGCUGCAGGCUUGGGGAAACCAUCAAAGUUUGGAAAGUACAAAACAUAUAUUUUUUCAAGUGUUAAGGAUUGGGAAAUAGCCCAAUGAAGAGUGGGUGUGACCAGUGGCCACAAAAUGCUAACUGACCUAAGGUGGGGAGUAGGGAUGGAAAACUGGGUAGGUUAUGAAACAGAGUAUCCUGGAAAUGGGGAUGGGUGGCUGGCUUGAGCAGGAUUACUCUAUCCUGCAACACUUUGUUGCUGGCCUCACUUGGUCAUAUAUUCUCCCAAUGACGUCCCAAAGUGCUACAUUCCUAGAAGGGCUGCACCAUAUGCUGUUACUUUUAAGGACUUAGUUCAUUCUCAGGUCCUUUCUAGCCUUAGAGUUCUUUUACUGGUUAGUUGCAUUCCUGUAAUUUGGAAUUUCACAAUGUAUGUUUAAGUAAUGAGAGUUCAAUUUAAGUGAUGAUUCACUACUUAAAAAUCAGUUUUUCAUGGCAGCAUUCAACUUACGCUAUCAAAAUCCAAGUUUGACAUUUUAGAAUGUUAAUUCAGCAAUGUGUAAAUGAGGAGAAAUUUUCAGUGCAAGUAAGUUGGUGUUUAUUCCAGUAGUAGCUCCACCACACCAAUAUAGGCCUUUGCAAGUCUCCUUGCUGGAAAACAUUUUCUCUUUCAUCUCUUAAUCCACAGUCUGGGAGUCGUUCUAUCGCGAGGGCAUGGUGAAUACAUCCUGCUUGGGGACACUUCCGUGGAAGAAGGUAGGAUGAAUGGCAUAGUUUCAUCAAGCAAUCACAGGGAGAACUGAUGGAACAUUGCCUUGUUUUAACACAGCUGGGUUCAUAUCUCAAAACUGUUCUUUCCUUUGCCACACAACACUGCCACAUCUCCUAAGUAUUUGUUUCCCUGUUUGAAUCAGGAGCUUGGCAAUAGAAGCCUAUUAAUUAAAUCCCUGAAAUACAUAUUAUGGGAACACGUUCCCCAAUUUACCCAAAUAAAAACUGGUUCAUAUGUACCUGUAGUGAGGAACUUCAGGCCUGGGAGUGGGAUAUGGUCUUCCUGGACUCUCUGUCUGACCCCCAGGACCUUUCCUGGGCCACACCCCUUUCUCAGAAUGUGGAAUUUUAGAACCCAUGGUUUUAUAACACAUCUAAACCAUGUGAUUCAAACAGGGUGACCUAUAAACAGGAAACACGUUGUGAUCUAAAGAGGGAAAAUAAUUUAAACACCCCCACAGCCUGAGCUCACAUUCACUGAGGUCUAGAGGUCUCAUCUUCACCCCCUGAAAAUUCACCCUCCCAUUUCAAUUCCUGGGGGAAACACGGGAUACAACAACAUGUUGAACAUACAGAGGAAUUCAUAAGACUGUGAGUAAAUGAGUCUUUAUUGCACCAUUUGCUUUUUGGUUUCAGGUUUACAUGAUCUGCUGCAGCCAGACUUGACUUUAGCCAAUGAAUGGUAAGUGGCAGGAAUUCUUCUAAUUUGGGGGGGACCUGGGCAGGAGACGAACGAGCUGCUGCUUGGCUUUGGGGACUUUACAUUGAAGGCCUUGAGAAAACAUGGUCCUGGCAUCUAAGGGGCCAAAGCUCAGUGGCAGAUGACAUUUUUGCAUGCAGAAGGUCUUGUGUUCAGUCCCUGGAAUCUCCAGUUAACGGAUCUUAGCAGUGUUGGAGAAAAGGAAUUAUUUUUGCCUGCUGCCCUGUAUGAACCAAUGCCCUGUCUUCAGGCAGCUACAUUUGUUUAUGUAAGUCUGUAUCCUGAGGAACAAUGUGGAUCCCAUGAAAUAACUGCACUGUGUUAUUUUAAAUUUUUUGUGAGGAGCCUAACUUUCCUAGAUGCUAAAUAAACAAACUGCACAACUCCACCCCCUCUUAAAUUAGAACUACGUUUUCUCGGGAAUCUUUUAUUCUUAUCAAAACAUUCUCUACAGUAGCCCUAAUCCAGCUCCAUCACUGAUAUCCUCAAAUGAUUGAUUGUUGAACUGCACCCACUUAGCAUGGAUAUAAUUUGUAGCUGAAGUGCGGAGCUAUAUUUUUGGACCAAUUUGAUUCAAGUUCUUGUCUUCGCUUCCAGAUAUCUAUGCAGUGAUGCAUCUUGAGCAAGUGCAUAGACCUAGAAACCAAGUAACAUUCUUUGUUCCUGAUGCACUGAUAUGGGUGCAAAGGAUGGUUUUGAUGUUACUUUCUGGACCAAUUUUUCAGUCACGGAACAUGCCCUAGGGCAGGGGUCAGCAAACUUUUUCAGCAGGGGGCUGGUCCACUGUCCCUCAGACCUUGUGGGGGACUGGACUAGAUUUUGGAAAAAAAAUGUGAACGAAUUCCUGUGCCCCACAAAUAACCCAGAGAUGCAUUUUAAAUAGAAGGGCACAUUCUACUCACGUAAAAACAUUCUGAUUCCUGGACUGUCUGCGGGCCGGAUUUAGAAGGUGAUUGGGCCGAAUCCGGCCCCUGGGCCUUAGUUUGCCUACCCAUACCCUAGGGCCUAGGGUCUCUAUUACUGUGAGUAGUGGACAUUUGGGUCCGGAGCUGACAGGUCUUAGCCAUGGCAACUGUCUUCACUUCUUAAGUAUAUACUAGAGAUCAGAGAUCAUGGGAGUUGUUCCAACUGAGGUUUGAGCUCCAUCCCAAGCAUGCAGAUUUGCCAGGACACCUCUUAUGAGUGCAGAAAAGUUGUCCAAAGGAACUUCUGAAUCACAUUUUUGGUCUCUUUCUUUCUAGGAUUUAUUGCAUUACAGAUAUUGAUCCAGAUCACAGGAAGCUGAGUCAGUUAGAGGCCGUGAUCCGUUUUCUCACAGGAGAAGAAGCUGACCUGGAAUGUGAGUUCUGAAAUAUUACUCCUGAAAUACAUCCUAACGAGAAGCCUUAUUAUGAUUAGGGAUGGGAGAAUCUGCCAAUUUUGGUUUCUCUCAGUUUCUCGUUUUUCCGCUCUUAAGUUCAGGUCUCCAGAUUUGCAUUUUUUAAAAAAGUCCUCAUGAAGAUUCAUCAACAUUCUAAAGGAACACAUUUUUGUAUGCAAUUUUGCCUCAGUAUACACUUUUACAAAGCAAUUUUCCAUAAUAUGAUGCAUUUUUGUGUAUUAUUUUUACUAAUAAGUGCAUUUUUAUGCACACUACAGUAUAUGGCUACAGUAUUCAGGGCUGGAGAAAUGCACUGCAACAUUUGCAAAAGUGUGAAUUUCAAAGGAUGGUUCAUGUAUUAUUUCAGAAUGCGUUGAUUAGGUAGGUUUGCCUUUAAAUGCAAAAUGAAAUUAAUUUCUCCACCAUUCCCACGUAUGAUAGCAAGUUACUUCAUCUGUGUGUGACAUUGUUGCUAUUCAAGAGAGGUCAGAUCCCAUAACUGCAGAAGUGGAGUACAAAAGCAUUAAGCAUGAAUGAAGCACUGGGGCAGUCAAGAUGUUUAACCUGUGUGCCACAUCCAAAAUCCUUGUCUGAUGGAGAGCCACAGUCCUGCCACGUCUUCUUCCACAUUCCCUUUUCUGUCUCACCUGAGGAUUCCUGCUGUCCAGGGUACAACAUCCUGUGAGGUCUAUGUGCCCCCACUAUAUGCUGACGAUGUAAUCAGCAUGGCACCACUGCCUACUCAUAAUUAAUUCUGACCCUGCCUUAGUUUUCAAAUUAACUGCAAAUUGGAACUGGCAGGUUCAGCCCAUGCCUAGGCAGAUGGUGACAUCCACCUCUUCUCAUUAAUCUCCCAGCUUUGUUCGGUUAGUCAGAGGCAUGCUGCUCACUGAAAAUGAAAGUUGAGCUUUUGGCUAUCAUGGCUUUGAUUGCUAGCAACUAUUAAUGUAUCUGUCUCUCUUUAUGUAUUAACUUAACCUUUGUCUCCCACUGUCACAUCUGCCUCCUUCAUAGGAACAUAGGAAGCUGCCUCAUACUGAGUCAGACCAAUGGUCCAUCUAACUCAGUACUGUAUGUGCUCACUGGCAGUGGGUUUCCAGGGUCUCAGGUAGACCUACUUGGAGAUGCGAGGGAUUGAACCCAGAACCCUCUGUAUGGAAGAUAGAACCUGUACCACUAAGUUAUGAUUUCGUCAUCUAGCUUCAACCUAUCAGCCCAGUAGCCUGCCUUUUCUAGGCAAGGAUGUUCUGGAGAGCAAACCUCUCUCCAGAGGCUUGAAUGAAGUAGGAUGGGAGGUAAAUACGCCUCAUUAACAAGAAGAAAGUUACUGUGAGUUAAGCCACCUAUUUGUUUGAGCCAGACAGGGACAUCCAAUAUGGUACUCUUUAGAUGGUGUGGAAUUCUAAAUUAGAAUUCUAAAGCCAAAUCUAUCAAAUUUAUACUUUCUUAAUCAAUAUGCUAACCGAAUCUUGCAGUUUUUAAACAUGCAUAUAUUGGGAGACAGUGUGCAUUAAAAAUGAAUGUAUUCGUGAAAAUAAAAUAUAAAAUGCAUUAUAUUAGUGGAGAUUGUUUGCAAAAAUGUGUACAUUAAUCAAAACUGCAUAUAAAAUGUGUUUUAAGGAGAAUUUUUCAUUAAAAUGCUGGUGAAUUUUCAUGAUGAUUGUAAAAAUUGCAAAAUGUGGAGAGCUAAAUAAGUCUCUUUUAGCUGUACUGCACUACUUUUUGUAUUUGAAUUAUUUUUAUUGUAUUGUUUUGUGUGACUUACUUCAACUGAAAAAGAUUUUAAAAAGAAAGAGGUAACUAAACUUAAGACUAGAAAAUUGAGAAAUGGAAAGAACUGAAAUUGACAGAUCCUUCUAUCCCAAAUAUUGAAUAUCAGAAAAGAAAAAUGGAAAAAUGAGGAGUGGGCAGGGGUGGAAUGCCCUUCUUGAGCUCCUUGGAAGGCAUAGCUGACUGGUAGGAAUCCUGAGCAUUAGCACUCUUGCUGAGAGGUGAAGACACUCUGCAACUUGCUAUUCUACUCAGGAAAAAAACUUGCAUUUUAGCAGUAUCUAGAGACUGCAGGUUUAAAAAAUAUAGAUUCUUAAAUCAAAAUUUUAAUUAAGGCUGAUGGUCAAAACAUAUUUAUCUGAUGCAGAUCUUCUUAAAGAAAUCAGUGCUCCUUCUUAGCAAAUUUGUUUAGGGUACCAACAUUGAUAUGAAAUAUAGAGAUUUUUCUAUUUGGGAAAUGUUAAUAUAUGAGAUAGUUUGCGGGCGCUUUGUACCAAAUUCUACAAAUGGUGAAUAAAUACAGAUUCCUAGUUCCUAGCAUAAAAUUAGGAAAAGACCAUGCAUGCAAACCAUGCAUUAGGGUUGAUAAAUGUACACACAUAUAACAAAAGAAGGCAUUCAAAGCGUCAUAAAACCUUACUUAGUCUUUGCACUUCGUCUUUCUCCUUUCUCUCUCUUCGUUCUCAUGCCCAGGUGAUGAAGAAUUAGUUCAAGAGGUGCUGUUUGAUGCUGUAGUAACAGCACCCAUGGAAGCCUACUGGACAACAUUAGCACUCAACCUGUCUGAGUAAGUGCAUGCUUCAUAAUUUAAGGCAGGUUUUGCCACCUCUAAACAUGUUCUUGCUGAAUCCAGGCUAGACUACUUUAAUGUGCUCUAUGUGGGGCCCAUUAUUAUUAUUAUUAUCAUCAUCAUCAUCAUCAUCAUCAUCAUCUUAUACCCCACCUAUCUGACUGGGUUGCCCCAGCCACCCUGGGCAGUUUCCAGCAUAAUAAAAGCACAGCAAAACAUCAAACAUUAGAAACUUCCUGAUACAGGGCUGCCUUCAGAUGUCUUCAGAAAAUUAUGUAGUUAUUUAUCUGUUUGAUAUUUGAUGGGAGGACAUUCCACAGGGCGGGUGCCGCAACUGAGAAGGCCCUCUGCCUGGUUCUCUGUAACUUCACUUCUUACAGUGAGGAAACUGCCAGCAGGCCUUUGGAGCUGGACCUCAGUGAACAGGCUGAAUGAUGGGGGUGGAGAGUUAGCUUUUCCUCAUAGGGAAUGAUUUAUUACAGAAAGAAAAUAUGAAGGUUGCAGUUCCGCAGGCUAAGAAUAGAAUCCCAUCACCCUCUGUAACACUGGAAAGUGGUGAUGGUGGUGACAUGUGUGCGGUUAUCGCAUAGGAACAUUGGAAACUGCCUUAUGCUGAGUCAGAUGAGUCCAUCCAGCACAGUAUUGUCUGCACUAACUGGCAGCUACUCUCCAGGCCUUCAGAGAACAGCCUUUCUCAGCUCUUCCUGGAGAUGGUGGGAACUGAACCUAGGGUCUUUCGUAUGCAAAGCCUGUAUUCUAUGCCUCACUAACCUCAGGUUGUUUGGUGCAAAGUAUAUUGAACUGGUUCUGCAGAAACCUAAUGCUAUAUAUCUUUGUCUCUCUCUUUCUGUGCAACUACAUCCAACAGUGAGGCUGAAGGAGGGGUGGAUAUGGCCUUUAUGGGAACUCGGGCUGGUCUUAUGAGGAGUGCUCUCUAUGUUGGAACUGAGAAACUUUCUAACAGGUGAGUCCUCCGGAUGCAUAUUUCGGAGACAUUCCUCCUCCAUUGCCCCUCAGUGUAGCUUAGGACGACUGAAAUCAGAAUGAAUGUACUUGGAGUAAUCAUUCAGCAAUGCACAGGAAGUAUAAUAACCAUUCCUUUCCUCUCAACAACUCCUCCUGUCAUUGUCAAACCCUGCUACUUAAUCUUUUGCAAAUACUGAACUCUAAAGGAUAUCAGUUUACAAACUGAUAAAAGUUUCCUUAUACUGACUUACCACAUAGCUUUUGGGGUUGAUUUCAGGAUGCAUAAAACCAGCAAACAUGAUGUACAUUGAUCUACAGAGUCUAGCAGCAGAUGGUUGCGGUCUCCCUGGAAAAAUCAGGAGCCAACCUAAAACCCACACUACUUUGCUGCAUGUUUGUUGAUUUUACUUAUUACAAAACCAGUCUCAGGAACCCUUGCCUUCCCCUUCAGACUAAUCUGAGAUCACUUUGGGAAUGUGUAAAUGUCCCCCAAAGGCUCAGGCUUUAUUUUGAUUCAGGGCUGACUAUUGCUUGGCCCCAGAGCCUGUUUCAAACAUUAGGACUCCUUCUCAUCCCCCUCUGCAGUGCACAGGAAAUUGUGUGGACUGACAAACACGCUUGUCUUGAUCCAACCGAUGGUUGAGCUUUCACAUGGGUAUCCCUACCUAGGGCUACUCUAGAUGUUCUUUUUAUUGCAUAUUCAUGUUUAUUUGUGCUCAUGUUGCUAUCAGUGCAGUCAUACACAAUUCCACUUUUAAUACUGUUUGAAGUUUCACUUGUUUUGGAGCAGUCAAUACUGCUUCAUUCCCAGUCAGUGCAUAUCCUGUAACCUCCUGCUGAAACCUCAUAACUUUUCAAACCACAAAUGUUCUGGGGAGUUUUUGUCCCACUUUUGUUGUGCUAUAGCCCCUCAAUUAAAAGAAAGCAGAAUAAAUCCAGCACUAAUGCACUAUUGUUGCAGAAUACACCCACAAUAAAACACCAGACGGGUGGGUUCCCCUAAUGCGAGGAAUGAGAACAAAUGAGAGCCACACUUGUGGCUCCUCCCUCAAUCCAAAGCCAAGGCUAUGUUUGCAUAGCCAUUUCAGAGAGCCAGGAUGAGUGUACCUCUGUUCAGAGCAGCACUUUAUAUGUUAAUCUUUGCUCUACACAGCUGUAUACCAUCUGUCAUCUUACAGACAAAAAUAAAGACACUCUGUAUAUGUGUAACAUCCUGCUUUGCUCUCCAAAAGUCAGUGCUUGAAGGCCUUUUCACAUUGUUGAAGGUGGUCCUCCAACUUCUGUCUUUAUUUAGUCUGCAGUAGCAGAUAUAUGUGUGGGUGUAGGAGAUAUACUUGCCUGUUGUUGUUAUAUUUCUAUCCUACUAUCCCGGGCAGCAUAAGAGGUUGCUCCCUUAUUUACCCUAGAAAUAACCCUGUAAAGUUAGCUGUGAAGUGUAAACCCUGUGAAGGGAGGUGCACUGAUAGUCUGGUGUACUGUGUCCAGUUUAGUAGAUGGUCAGGCCGAUAGUUUGGUGUACUGUGUCCUGUUUAGCCCGGAGAGUGGAAGAAUUAGGGGAGACAGGAUAGAUACUCUCUUCAAAUAUCUGAAGGACUGUCACGUGGAAGAUGGAGCAGGCUUGUUCUCUGUUGCUUCAGAGGGCAGGACUAGAACUAAUAGGUAGAUGCUGGAAAUUGCAGGGAAGCAAGAUAAACCCCUAUAUGACUUUGAAACAAAUUGUGUCAUGUAGCAGUGGACUGUCCUUCACUGGGGGUGUUCAAGCAGAGGUUGACUGGCCAUCUGUCAGUGUCUCUGUACUUGCAUCAGGGCUGGCCUAAGACAUUUUGGCACCUGAGAGGAACCUCAAAAUGGCACACACACCUUGGCCAGGGAAAAAGGGGUGAGUGAAGAUCUACACCAGGAACAAGGGGGGAAGUAAAUCAACAUUAGCAGGCUUUUGAAGUGGGAAUCAAAGGCAGUCAUGGGAGGAAAAGGGAUCUGCUCUGAAUUAUACCGGGUGGGUGCAGAACCCAGAAGACCCAGAGGGCAUCCCCCAACGUUUCCUUCCUAGGGGUGGGAGGAGACCAGGAGAGCCUCCUAUUCACUGAGAGGCCACUGUAGAGGUGGCGUGGGAGUGCUGCUGAGGAGGCAUCAGAUCUGGCCUCCAAGGAUUGAGCUGCAGCUAUUGUUGCUACUGCUGCUGCAGUGGCAGGUGAUACGUUCCUUGGAGACCCCUGUGCGUCCUGCUGCCUGAGGUUGUUGCCUUAUAGGUGGCUGGCUCUGACUUGCAUCUUCCAUUUCAGAACCUGCACAGAGCAGGGGUUUGGGCUACAUGGCCUCCAAGAUCCCAGCUAACACUAUUAUAAUAUGGUGACUGGUCCAGGGCUACCCAUUUCAUAGUUUCAUAGCUGGAGAGGGAUGUGAACCUGGAUUUUCCUUCUCCUGCAAUGUAUCCUGCUUAACAGUUCAAAAAUACAGUUGUCCUCGACACCCUGUAGUUUACACACAUUGCUGUCUGUGCUCAUUUACAUGCAGGCCAUGGUUAGAGUCAAGAUGCCUCUGUCCCCACAUCUAGAUACACUGGGACAGAUGCUAACACUUGAAGAAUUGCAAUGCUGCCCGCUAACAAUACUUUUAAAGGCCACUCUGAAAGGCAACACAGGGCAAACAAGGGCAGUGAUUUGGGAGCAGAAAAUAGGUAUUAUACCUGGUGAAUAGGGACCACGGGACUCUGAGAACAAGGGAAACUGAGUCUUUGUGUCCAAGAGCAUGUCUUCCAGGCAAGCUUUAUUUUCAGCAUCAGUCUUUCCCCCCCAAAUAAUGUUUUGCCAAAGGCCACAAGGAAAUAAUUGGCAACCUGCUGGUUCAAAUCGCCAGCCUUGUUCCCUUAGUGAAAGGAUGCACAGUGUAGCCUCUCAGUGUGUUCUUGCUACAUCCAUUGUCUGAAGUAACACUACCUUCCUGAGCUAACAUGUGACACCUGCUGCUGCUAUGAUACUCUCAUAACCAGAUCCCUUCCACUUGCUUGUGGCAAUAUCUGUUAGUACAUGCAUGGUGCAGUUGUUAGUAACCGGAUGCCUCGGGUAACAGAUAUUGCUACAGCUGCUCUCACAUGAAAUGACCAGACAUCCUGGCUGGGACAGGAGAUGUCCCUCUUUGCAGUGCCUUUACUCUUCUAAAUUUAUGAACAUGGAAUUUAGUGGCCUUGCUCAAUAUCCUGAUACAUUUUUUAAAAAAAUCAGAAGAAAGGACCUGUUCAGGAGGCACAUAUGUGGCAGCAGCGCACAUCUCUAUGAGCAAAAAUUACAACACUUGGGACUUUUCAGUUUAGAGAAAAGGCGAGUAAGAGGCAACAUGAUGGAAGCAUAUAAAAUUAUGCAUGUUUCAGAGAAAGUGGACAGAGAACAAUUUUUUUCUCUCUCAUAACACUAGAACUCAAAGCCAUCCAUUGAAGCUGAAUGUGGGACGACACAGCACAUAGUUAACCUAUAGAAUUCAAUCCCACUGGAGGUGGGCAGUGAUGGCCAGCAAGGUGGAUGGCUUGAAAUGAGGGUUAGACUUUAUUUAGACAUAUUCAUGGAGGAUAAGGCUAUAAAUGGUAAUUAGCCAGGAUGGCUAUGCUCUGCCUGCAUGGUCCGUGGCAGUAUGCUUCUGAAAACCAAUUCCUGGAACCCACAGGAGGAAAGUGCUGUUACACUAAGGUCCUGCUUCUAGGCAUCUGUUAGGCCACUAUGAGAGCAGGAAGCUGGUCUAGAUGGGCUAUUGGUCUGAUCUAGCAGGGUGAUUAAUUAUGUUGUUAUCUCUCUAGGGCAUGUAUAUGUAUAGAUGAAUGGAACCUGAAUAAGCAGUGUGCUUGCCACUCAGAAUGCAACUGCAUGGAGAGUACUCCAUUGUGGCAAUCGGUUUGCAUUUAUGUAUUUGCCAGGUGGAUACAAGGAGUUUCCACUGCUCCCAUUUCAAUGGCUUGCUUUGGGGCAAUGGUUACCAAUGGUGCGGCGAAAAAUCUACACAUCUACACUGCAAGAAUUUACAAACAUCUUGUACAGUGGAGCAUGCUCUGCAAAGCAGCACUUGAUGCAACCUCCAUGCUUUGGUUUUGUCUCUGUGUGUCAGGCUUAACUCCAAUUCAGCCCCGUUGAACUGAAAAACAACUAAUCAUCUUGUCUGCAUUCUUACCCUUUACACAUUGCACGUGAACAACCCGGCUGUUUUGGUGUGGGCAACAGCUCCAUCUGGUGGGGCAAAAGUAUUACAAUUUGGACUUUCAGCCCAAGGGGCUUAGAUUCUGGUAGACUGAGGUCUAGUAUCACAUGAGAUAUAUGCAGUGGUUGGUUUUAUUUUAUUUUAUUUUUGCUAGGUUUACCAUUUUACAAAAAAGCUUUACUUUUAGUCUAAUCUGCUUGCUUGGGCUGUUGCUGGAUGGGCACAAUCUAAAUGCAGAAAUAUGAACUACUGCACCAGCAGUAGGCAGAGAACAACGGACCACAUCUAAUAAUGUGGAAACUCAUGUGCAUCCCAUGUGUCUCCUAUAUGCAGCAGACUCUAGCCAAAUUUCAGCCUGCCCUGCACCACAUUGCAUCCCAGUGUGUACAACUGCCUACAUGCUGGUUUGGUUUUUUGGAUUAGGGAAAUUUGCUGUGUUGAUGGUCCUCAGACAGAAAUAGCUAUCAUACUGCAAAUUCUGGAUAAUCCCACUCAGUGGUUUCAUGUAGAAGUGAACCUUGAACCUUGGUGAACUCUGCACUAAAGGCUGCAUGGGACCAAACAAUAUUCCCCCAACACCACCCUCUGAAAAUAAUCAUCCAAGUAGGACUGGAAACAUCGCAAGUAGAGCUGCCCACUCUGAACUCAGUCAGCUGCUCCAGAAGAAUACCAUGGUCUAUGGUAUCAAAAGCCUCUGAGAAUUCAAAGAGAAUUAACGGGGACACACUCUCCCUGUCUCUCCUAACAGAGGUCAUGCAGGUCAUCCAAGAGAGCCUGGUUCUGUCCUGCAGCCACUCAAGGACCUUGCCCAAGAAGAGGAAAUUACUGUCUGGUAGUAAUUACUUAGGUUUUCUGAAUCCAGGAACGGUUUCCUAAGACCUACCACUGCUUCCUUUUAGCAGGCAGGGACCACUCUCUCUCAAGGAGGCAUUAAUCACCUCCCUAGCCCAGCCAGUUGUCCCUUCCUGUUACUUUUUAUUCUCCAUGAGGGGCAAGAAUACUCGUGGUGUCCCACACCAAACCAAGCACUUUGUCCACAGCCUUAUUAACUCAUCCAACACAGGACUGGACAGUGUUUUGGACUCCUCUUGGGACUCAUCUAAUAGUCGAGUCAAGGGCCCAGCAGAUAUAAGCAAUUUUCUCUUUAAAAUACAUUGCACAUGAGUCACAGGGAGGCACUCUUGAUACUACCACCUCCUUUGGGCCAAAGUUUAAUGUGCCCCACACUACCUAGUAAGAUAUUUGCUAAUGUGAUGUUUAAUAAGGUUCCAUUGUAUAAUCUGAUCCCGCAUGGAAAAGCAGAGUGAGUAUUACAGAAUCAUUAAUGUCCGAUUUCUGUUCGUUCUGGAAACAGGUUACACUCUAAGAAAUAUCAGGUGCUUGGUGCUGUGAAUUGCAAGACUGAAACUGUAUUAGUUUUGUCCUAUUAAGCAUGUUCUUCUAAGGCUCCCAAGUUGGUGCAAUAAUCAAUGUACUUGUCAAGCCUGAGUUAAUUGCACCAUCUGAAACUGAGAUGAUGUUCCAUGUAGGCCAUCUAAUGUUGGUGUGUGUGUGUGUGUGUGUGUGUGUGUGUGUGUGUGUACUCCUAAAAGGCCUGGGAUCCGAGUAUCAGAUCAAAACUCAGUAAUAGAACACACACUUUGCAUUCAGAAGGUCCCAGGUUUAUUCUUUGGCAUCACCACUUUUUUUUUAAAAAAAGGAUCUGGUAACAGGCGAUGAGAAAGACCUCUUCCAUGAAAUACUGUUUCCUGAUUGCAGCUGAAGCCCUUCUCAGGGUUCCCUACUUUCAGAAGCUAGGUGGGUUGGCUGUCAGAGACAGGACCUUUUCCAUUGUGUUCUAAAUAUGGAAUGCUGUCCUCAAAUAUACAUGCUUAGCAUUCAAGUCAUUCUCUUUUCAAGGGCUUACAAACAUACAAAUCACUGUCAAUAUUUUGUAAGAGAGAUUUAAGUGCAUACCAGAGAUUUAGGUUUGUGCAAUUAAAGUGCUCUGAUGCAGUGGUGCAACAAAUCUACUUUUUAAUAAAAUUACUUUUUUGCAAUGAGGAAAAUGCACUAAAGUGUGUGGGAUAAAUGAAAUAUUAAUGGAAAUAUAUAGAAUGACAAUGGAGACAAAUCAGAAUGAAUUCAAAAUGAAUGCUAAUUGUCAUGUGACCUCCUCAUAACAAAUGCUCAAUAAAGACUGGACAUAGUUUAACCUUUGUGUAAGCUUUGUGCAAGCAAAUCAGGAUGAAUGCUCAAUAAACAGGUCAUCUGGAGGAACCCUCAGACAGCUGGAGGUACAGAUAAUUGGAACUUCAAUGCAUAUAAUAAACAUUAGUAUCCUGGAUACCCAACAGCUUUUGCAACUCAGUAUUUGAUAAAAGAGUUUCUGCUAUAUGUUCACAUAUCAGCAUUUUACUGAAGCAAAAUGUUUUGGACAUUUUGUUCUGAUCUCCUUUCUUGAUUGCUUUGUGUGCUUUUAAAAUAGCAGAGGGCUCUUUAUGGGGAAAAUGUGGAAAUAAACCUUUUUACACAGCCAAAGACCUGCCUGAGAGCUUAACGCGUCCCUCUCUAAAUCUCCCCAGGUAGGCACAAUUUAUAUGUCCUAAAGUAUUUGCAUAGUGUAGCUGUGAGCUGUAAAAGAAUAGCUCUGUCCCUCUCUGCAGUGGUUCUGUAAUGGGUGAUAAAGUCACACUUGUACCAGGGUACAGUAUACAGUUCGUUUGGUGUGGUUUUUUAAAAAUGCUUCAGGGUCCUUUAAAGCAAGACAUGACAUACAUCGUCGAUGUGGUUUGUUUCACCCUGUAGCUGCUGCUGUUAUAGUUGCGGUGGCUCAUUAGGCAUGCUGUUUUGGGGGGUGGAAGGGGAGGCAGUGUGGUGAAAACAGUAACAGAAGAUGAAUAGGCACUAGUGUAGCAUAAAAGGCUAACAGGGCAAUCCUAUGCAUGUUUACCCAGAAAUAACCACGUGUUUUUUAAGGGAGGCUUAUUCCCAGGUAACUGUGCAUAGGGCAAAUGCAUUAGGAACAUAGGAAGCUGCCUUAUACCGAGUCAGAUGAUUGGUCCAUCUAGCUCAGUACUGACUACAUUGACUGGCAGGGUUUCCAGUCGGGACAUUCCCACAUCUACCUGGAGAUGCCAGGGAUUGAACCUGGGACCUUGUGCUUGCAGAGCCGAUGCUCUACCACUGAGCUGGGUCCAUUAUCCUUAAGAGACUAAACCGUUAAAGUGGAAAUCACUGUUUCAGUUCAUCAUCUGCAAUAUCACACCUCAUGUUAGUCGAAUGGACCCAAGGAACAGCUAAAGGGAGAGGACAGCAGUGUAAAGGUUUGUAGGGAAGUGGCUCCACUGAACAGAGUCGUCAGCUAACCCUAUGAAUUAGAGCCCAUAUGUAGGACAUUUUAAAAACAAGUUGAGGAUUAAAAGAGGUGGGGAAAUCAGCCAACAGAAUAAGAAAAAUGGAAGCAUGCAGGAUGUUUGAGUGGACAGAACAGAGGAAAAUAUAAUAAGGGUUCCCCUAUAUCCCUGUGAUUAUGGUCAGUAGGAGAUACAGCACUGGGUAGAGGGCAAGUCAUAUGUGAAGAAGAGGAUAUGGAUGUUUGCAGGCCAUCUCCUCUUAUGACCCUCUCUCUAUCUGGUUGCUCUCUUGCCAAGCCAUCUGACCAGGUGGUGCUGUUACUUAAUGCCAGGUUGGUACGUAAUAAGACUAUGUUCAUUCAUGGUUUGAUCAAGGAUGAGGGAGCCAACCAGGCAUGUAUUGCUGAGACUUGGGUGAAUAAACUGGGUGUAGUUCUUCUGACCCUGUUGUGCCCAUUGCAGCACAGCCAAAAUUAUAUUCCAGUUAGUGAGUUUGGAAGGCAUAUACUGUCUCAUUGGGAAUCUUCGUUUGAAAGGUGCUAGUAAUUCACCCACUGCUAUGUUCUCACAUGGCACAAAGCAUUGGGGAGAGUAUUGGUAAACUUAUUAUACAGGCUGUGCACAAGGCAACCUUGUUUCUCACAUUGGUAGUUCAGCACUGAAGCAGAUAAUAAAAUCUGAGGACUACAUUGAUUAUUUUGAAGGAGGCCAGUGACACUGUGUCCUGGAAGUGUUGAGAGCAACCUUUAACAACAAAUUUUGCAAAGAUAUUGACUGAACGUUGCCAUUAAAUCUGGCCACUUGCUGAAGUGGGGGUAUAGGUUGCUUGUAAACACUGGCAGAUGCAGUUGGGGUCUCAGUGACCCUAAAGGUUGGAUUGGUGAGUUUUGCACAAAAUAAUAAGAAUGGGGCGGGGGAUAAAUAGUUUUGCUUUAUUUCAAAAACAACAACCCCUCCUCUCCUUCAGGUUUGUAAAGGGUUUUUAAUUCUGUAGAAUUCUAUUGACCUCAAUGCAAUUUGUGGUAAUAUAAAGGGAUGUGAGUGAUUUGUUUAUUAUCAAUUAAAAUGAAUGGGCCUAAAUUAGACAUGUUUUGUAGUUUCAAUUGCUUGCACAAAAUGAAGAGGACAGGUCCUAGGCUAAGCUCACCUGUAGGUAUAACAAGUAACUAAUAACUUUUAACAGCAUUUUGCAGGGUCAUUUUGACUCCUGUGUAUUGCCUAAAGUGCAUGGUUUCUCUGUUUCCUUGGUGAUUCCCGUUGUGGGUAGCAUUGAUUCCAAAAACUGUAAGAGUAAAAACAUUUAUUUUGUCACUAAAUUAAAGGAGGAAGGGCUCUGAAACAGCACAUGACAAUUCACAUCCUGUCUUCCUUCAGUACUACCUGGAAUGUGGAGUUGUUGAAGACUGAUACAGAAGUUUGGUUCACUUUCGCCAACAUUUGUUUGACCCCACUUGUCAAAGGAAGGACACACACACACACACACACACACACACACACACACACGGCUGCUGCCCUUGUCUGCAUUGCUCACUAACCCCACCUAUCCCCUUGCCAACUCUCAACCCCACUCACUCACUUGAACCCUGGGCUUCCUUGGCCCUGUUGUACAUGCAUGCAAACAAACAAGGAAGCUGGCAGGUGGGUGGUGGUGGUGGCAGCAAUGACAGGGAGGAUAUAGGAAGGCCCACUUGCGUCACCUACCUGUCCUCUUGCUUGCUUGCUUGCUUGCUCUGCCAGUCUUCUCGCUUGUGCUGCUGGCCUGCUGGUUUUUAUUUGGUUAAAAACAGCUGCAUUUGAUGCAGUUUAAUGGGCUGUGGAAGAUGAGAACGGGAUAAUUUUUUAAAAAAUAUGUUCAUAAUGCUUUGAAGAACAUUCUGAAGUACAAUAGUAGGCCUUUCAGAUGAGGAAAAAAAGAGAUGCUUUGCUUUUCUUCUUCCAGGAAGUUCUUGACCCGUGAAGAUAAGGAGAGCAUCUUCACCAUGGACCACUUCCCACUUUGGUACCGCCGAGCAGCUGAACAUCCCCCAGGAAGCUUCAUUUAUAGCAUUCCUUUUGAAGACCCUUCAGGUAACUCUGCGUAA